AACGGUCAGACUUGGUCCGAAGUUCGCGUCGUUCGGUUGUUCGGCAGGCGGCACGCGCGCGUUUUGCUCUUCUCUCGCGCCACUCCCGGUGUGAUCACAUCCUCCCAACGUUGCGAAUCUAACAACAUAUCUAUAGUUCAAAAUGUACAACAAGCUAAAACAAUAAAAAAUAAACUAGAGAAAGAGAGAGAGAAACCGAAUCGACACAAAAACAAAAAAGAAAGAAGCAACCUAAACGAGAAAGAUUAUAAACGCCCACACACAAAAAACAAAAAAAAAAAAAAGAACUACACGUAGCCGCUAAGCCGACAACAAGAGGAAUCCCGGUCCCCAGCCCCAGCCCCAGCCCCAGUCCCAGCCCCAAACGAAGACGAAGGCCCCAUCUCACCUACCGCCAGCCGCCUCCACCACCGCUAAAAACAGUUAGCCGCCAUGGAACGCCGCCAAACCCUAGACUCAUCGAUGUCUUCGCUCUAUUCGGCUGCCUCCUCGAGUCGCCAGAUCCAGUCGCAGUCACAUCCACAGCCACAUCCACAUCCACAGCUACAGCUCCAGUCACAGCUAUCACAGCAGUCACAGCAGUCCCAUCCGUCCCCGUCGCAGCUAGACGCCUUCAAUUAUUCAGCAACAAUGUCAUCAUCAUCGCCAACUCCAAGCCAGGCCCUGUCCACGGGCACCACCGCCGCCACCGCUGCCGCCACCACCGCCGCCGCCCCCUCGCUGCGUGCCACAACCAUCGGCACCGUUGUCGUCCGCUGCGGACCCAUCCAGCUGGUGAUAGCGCUCUUACAAAGUCCCGAGAAGAUCUACAUCAAAGUCGUCGAGCUGGAGCCAAAGAUCACGGCGCUGGGCGAGAAUCUCGAAGAGUCCGUGCGCAUGCAGCGGGAGCACGAUGAUACCCUGCGAAAUCUGCAGAGCCUGCCCGGACCGAUGGACGAAUUCGUGCAGAAGGCCGACAAGCUGCUGGCCAGCAAGAGGAUCAGCUCGGAGCUGGUCAACGCCAUGGCCGACACCUUGAACGUCAUCUGGCAGGACAUCCUGAACCUGCUGCAGGACCGGCAGCACAUUCUGCUGCUCUGCACACAGUUCCACGACAAAAUGACGCAGUGCUUCAGGCGCAUGGACCAGCUGGAGAUGGCCUGCAGCGAGACCCCGGCGACCCAGCCGAUGGACGUGCCGCAUGUGCAGGAGUUCCUCAACAGAUUCAAGCAGCUGAGGAUCGACAUGCUCACGGGCGUGAUGGCCGCCCUCAAGGACGGCAACGAGCUGCUCUCGCAGCUGGAGGAGCUCGAGAAGCUGGAGACCCUGGACACGCGGCCCGAGCACAUCAAGCGGGACGCCACACGGGCCGUCCACCAGGUGCAGCAGUGGCUGGAGGCGCUGCACGACCGCAGGAACGACCUGGAGGUCGCCUGGCAGACGCGCAAGACCCAGAUGGAGCAGUGCCUGGCCCUGGGGCUGCUCGGACGAGAGCUGAUCGACCUGGAGGCGGCCCUGCAGAAGGCCAGGAUGGACCUCAACACCAUGUACAGCCUCGGGGAGUGCGAGCACACGGCCAACGAGAUGCUCGCCCGGUACAGGGAGUGGAAGCAGCAGGCGCUGCUCCUUCGCGAUCGGGCGCUGAAGAUCACCCGCGCCAAGGAGAAGGUCCAGUCGGCGGGUCUCUUUGCGGGGGACGAGGCCUGUGCCCGGGCCUAUGCCGUCCUCAGCGGCUGCACCGAGCACCUGGAUCUGGUGGAUCAGCGCGAGCACUGGCUGCACCAGUCGCGGGAGUUCUUCGCCAAGGCCGAGCACACGCUCAGUGUCCUGGAGAAGCUGGAGCUGGAGCUGGCGAGCGUCAAGCUGCCGCCGAACUCGCCCGAGAGCUAUGCCAUGUUCUCCAAGGUGGAGCGCGACGUGCGAGGCUUCACCGAGGAGCCGCUGCGACUCGGCUACGGCAUCUUGGACGAGGUGGGCCGCACGCAGCCGGAGACGCAGGGCGUCAAGCGGGUCCUCGACGAGCUGGAGAACCGCAAGGCCUACAUCGAGGGCAUCUGUGCGCACAGCAGCGAGGACCAGCAGAAGGUGCAGCGAGCCCUCGCCGAGUUCCUCGCCCAGCACAACGAGCUCCUGGCCUGGCUGCGGGCCUCCGGCCAGCUGCAUCUCCAGCAGAGCGUGGACAUGGGCCGGAAUCUGCAGCAGUCGAAGCAGUUCCUCCUGCAGCAUCACGAGCUAAUGCAGGACUUGGAGAUCAAGGGAGAACUCAUCAACCUACUCCUCGAGAGCAUCAAAGUCCACUUGGAGUCGCUGAGCCCUCAGCAGCGCUACGAUGUCGACUCGAAGGCCGAGUCCCUGCACAAGCACUGGAUCGAGCUCAAGGAUCUGGUGCUGAAGCGCGUCGACUACGUCUCCCUGCUGAUCGAGUUCUUCGAGCAGGCCAACGAGCUCUCUAGUCAGCUGGACCACCUGCAGCGCCAGCUCCAGCAGACGCCCGACGAGCACAAGCUGCAGUUCCUCCAGGCCACGUGGUCCAACAUUAUCCUGGCCUUCGGCGAGCUCAAGUCCCGCGGACAGCGAUUCAUCAACUUGAAAAUUGUGGAUCCAUAUCUCGAGACGAAAUCCUCGACGCAGGCAGUGGAAGAGACGCUGAACGGUUUCAGUAAGCGGCAGUGCGACGUGACGAGCAGUUUGGAGAAUUGGACAACGACCAUCCAGGAGAAGCGAGAAGUUGAAUAUCUGCUAGAGAAAGUCAUGAGCGACAACGAGGAGACGGUUGCCAAGAGCACCCAGGUGGACACCCAAUUGUAUCCCGUCUUCGGUUCCCCGUCGAUGGACACGAAGCAGCUGCUGUCGGGCAUACGGGAGAAGCUGAGCUUCGUCGGGCAGGACAUUGAGCGGGCCCAGGACGAGAUCCAGCACCGCAUUCAGACCACCCUGAGCAUCCAGACCAAGGACCAGCAGUCGCUGGCCAAAAUCGAGCAGGUGAUCAACAAUCUGCGCAUGCUGAAGGCCCGCCUCGACGGCAUCAAGUACGACUAUCGCACUCUCAUCGAGAGCGUGCUGCUCUUCCUGGAGAACAUUGCCCAGCUGCGGAACGAGAUCGAUGAGUAUUUCGCGAGGCAGCACCCCUCUCCAUCCCCAUCCACGGGCAGUGUGGAGCGCAGCAUUGCAGAGCACGAGAGAUUCCGCGAUCAUUGCAUGGAUAAAUUUAGAUCGUUAAUCACACAAUCCGAACUGCUGAUCGAUCGGGUGCGCGUGCUGGAGCCGCCGGGGGCACGCGAAAUCGACACCGAUCGCAUUCUGAAGUUGUUGGAGAUUCUGCGCAUUCACUUCGAGACGCAGUGCAGUGCCAGAAUGUCGUCGCUCGAGCGGCUCGAGAAGAUCGAGCAGUUCCGCAACGAUCUGGAGGACAUCGAUCGGAGUCUGGACAGCGUCAGCAAGCAGCUGCACGACAUCAAUGGCCAGAGUGUCGAUAGUCUGGCGGCGGCCAAGACCACAUCGCUGGCAUUUGAGUAUUUUGAACGUACCAUUGAGUGUUCAAUGCCCAAGCAAUUGAAAUCGACUCGCCAUCAGCAACGCUGGGGCCAAACAGCCCACACUCUCGAGCUGCUCGAGAAACGCAUCGAAAAGUUCACAGAUACGACGAUCCAGCAGCUGCUGAUCACGAAUCCCGAAAGCGAACAGUACGUCAAGGAGGAGCUCCGUAAGCUCAACGACAAGUGGCAGGGCUUCAAGGAUCAGGUGAAGCAGAAACGAAAGAGCCUCAACCAGGCCACAGAGUUCUUCGAGGUUGUCGAAAAGAUCGAUGCCGAAUAUCGGGAGAUCAGCUAUUUCUACAGCAGCGUCUCCAACAAGGUCCCGUAUCUGCGCGACUCUGUGGAGGCGGCCAACCUCGUCAACGACAUCGAGAACUAUGUCACCAGUCGGGAGCCGGGACUGCGCUCGAAGCUGGACAGUGCCUCGCAGUGCGCCCACGACAUGAGCAAGGUGUCGGCGCUGUACAACGACGUGAUGAACAUCUUCCAGUCCUUCAUCAAGCUAAAGAUGGACAUCAACAUUGUGCAGGAGCGCCUGAACCAGGAGCAGCGACAGCGGGAGCAGAGGGAGCGCGACUCGCGCGAUCAGGCGGAACGGGAGAAGGCCAUGCGCGAGGCAGAGGCCAGGGAGCGCGCGGCCAGGGAGGAGCAGGCCCGUCUGGAGAGCCAGCGCCAGCAGGCGGCCAUCGAGCAGGCCCAGAGGGAGCUGGCGGCCCGGGAGCUGGCGCUGCGCGAGCAGGCCGUUCGCGAGGAGGAGUCCCGGCUGAAGGCCGUGCGGGAGCAGGCCGCCCGGGAGCAACUGGCCCGGGCACAGGCGGCCCGCGAGGAGGAGAUGCGCAUUCAAACGCUGCGCGAGAUUGCCAAGCGCGAGGAGGAGGCCCGUCUGCACAGCAAGCGCGAGGAGGAGAUCCGAAUCAGGCGCGAGGACGAGUCGCGGGCCAAGCGCGAGGAGGAGGCCCGCAUCCAGCGCGAGGAGAUCACGCGCCUGCAGACACUGCGCGACCAGGUGGACCAGCAGCGCAUCGUCACCGAGAACAUCCGCAAGGACAUCCAGGUGAACUCCAUCUUCACGGAGCUGCGCUACGCCUCGCCGCUGUUCGUGCGCCCCCUCAAGGACGCCGUGACCCGCGAGGGCGACCGAUUCGUGUUCGAGUGCGAGGUCACCGGCACCCCAGAGCCCGCCGUCGAGUGGUUCAAGGACGGCAUCAGCAUCCUGAGCCACGCCGACUACAAGACCAGCCUCGACAAGGGCAUCUGUCGCCUGGUGAUCGAGGAGACCUUCGCCGCCGACUCGGCGCGCUUCAGCUGCCGCGCCUCCAACCUGGUGGGCACCUGCGACACCAAUGCCACGCUGGCGGUGCGCGAGAAUGCCGCAGAGGUGCAGCUGGUGCCGCCCCGCAUCCUGCGGUUCCUCGAGAGCGGCAAGGCCACCGAGGGCAGCUCCUUCCAGUUCGGCUGCAUCGUCGCGGGGGUGCCCCUGCCCACGGUGCAGUGGUUCAAGAACGACAAGUGCAUCGACGACUCGCCGGACUACGUCAUCAGCUACAACAACGGCGAGGCCACGCUCCGCUUCGAGGAGGUCUUCCUCGAGGACGACGCGGUGUACACCUGCAGCGCCUCCAAUCCGGCGGGCAUCGAGCACUGUUCCGCCAGCCUGAUUGUGGAACCUUUGGAGCCCACAGAACUACCCAGCUUCAAGGUUCCGCUGUCGAAUGCCAUGGCCCGUGUGGGCCAAAAGAUCAAGCUGGAGGCCGUCGUAAGUGGCAUACCCCGACCGGACAUCUGCUGGGUGCACAACGGCAAGCCGUUCCAGCCACGCGAUGCAAAGUAUGAAUACGGCCGCGUAACGCUGAUAAUCCCCCAAGCUUAUCCCAACGACGCCGGAUCGUACGUUCUGAGCGCCAAGAAUCUAGCCGGAGAGGCAUACACUAGCUGCAACGUCAUUGUCAAGGGUCGCCUCCCCAACGAAACGUCCGAUUCCGAGAUGGCCAGCGACAUAGAGCCCAUUAAGCCGGCAGUCCACCUGCCGCUGAAGGAUGUAUCCAUUUUCGAGGGCAAGCCCGUGCGUCUGGACUGCGUGAUUGUGGGUCAACCAGAGCCAGAGGUCAUCUGGUACCACAACGAGCGGCCCGUCAAGGAGUCCGCCGACGUCCAGCUGCUGUUCCAGGGCGAUCGCUGCUCGCUGAUCGUCCAGGAGGUGUACCAGGAGGACGCCGGCCACUACAAGGUGGUGGCCAUCAAUUCGGCAGGGGAGACGUCGAGCAGCUGCGAGCUGAAGGUCACGCCGCUGAACCUGCAGGCCGAGCCGGCCACGAGGGCCCAGGUGGAGAGGCAGAGCCUGCCCAAGGACGCGCAGCCAAAGUUCGAGCGCCUGCUGUCCGAUGUGCUGGCCGAUGAGGGCGAACAGGUGGUCCUGGAGGUGCAGGCCAGCGGCGACCAGCCGCUGAGCGCCCAGUGGUAUCUGACCAACAAGGAGCUGCAGCUGGACGAUCGCGUCACUGCCACGGGUGACCCCGAGUCGGGUGUCUUCAAGCUGAUCCUGAACAACGCCAGCGUCGACGACAAGGGCGUCUACACGGUGAAGGUCUCCAACCAGGCGGGGGACGCCAAGUGCUUCUCGCAUCUGAUCGUAAAGUCCGUGAAUGCCCCCGAGAACCGCCGCAGCAGCCAGUCCUCCGUGGAGAUCGUGGAGCGACACGCCUGUCCCGAGUUCAGGGAGCUCUUCAGCGACAAGCAGGGCAGCAUCGACGACGUGGUCAAGUUCGAGUGCAUUGUCAAGGGCAGGCCCACGCCCAAGGUCCACUGGUUCUUCAACGACCAGCCCGUCCACGGCCACAACUUCCUCGUCUCGACGAGCGGCGACCGCCAGGUGCUGACCAUCCAGAAGCUCACCCACGAUGCCGUCGGCAAGAUCAGCUGUGUGGCCGAGAACGAGGCGGGAAAGGCCACCUGUGUGGCCUUCCUGAACAUCAUCGGCAGCGGCCUGCCCGCCUCCAGCGACCUGCAGACCAUGACCCAGGAGCACAACACCGAGUCGUCGCGUGUGACCAUCAAAAAGCAGACCUUCACCACCACCUCCACGUCGCAGGUGAACUCCUACGAGGGCAACGUGCCCCAGACGGAGGUGCACCACUCCUCGGCCCACAUCGACCAGUCCCUGAAGCAGUUGGGCCAGCAGCGGCCCGAGAUCAUGGAGAGCCACCACUACCAGGAGCUGCACAAGAGCAAGGAGAUGACCGCGCCCAGCCUGCAGCAGAAGUCCUUCACGGUCGUUCAGUCGGCCGCCAAUGGCGGGGGUCCUUCGCCCCUGCCUGCCAUCACCAUACCCGACUCCCCCACUCGCCUGCGCAAGGAGAUUGCCCCUCGCUUCACCACGCCCCUCACGGGCAAGAUCGUCGAUCAGGGCGCCGACGUCAGCAUGGAGGCCAUCUACGACGGCUACCCCUCCCCCGAGAUCAAGGUGGAGAAGAACGGCGGCCAGCUGUUCGAUGAUCCGCACACGAAAAUCUCCAAUAAAUUCAAUCGCGUCACCAUCGAGCUCAAGCAGGUGGGCGUGGCCGAUGCGGGACGCUACGCGGUGACAGCCUCCAAUGCCGUGGGCCAAUCGACCAGCACCGCCGAUUUGGUGGUCAAAAAGACCAUCUUUCCGCCAGUCUUCGGGAGGCGCUUGCAGGCACAGGUCGCCAAGAGGGGCGAGAAGCUGAUCAUGGAGGUGGAGGUCACAGGACUGCCAGACCCCACUGUGCUCUGGCUGAAGGACGAUAAGCCCAUACAGGAUGCCGGCAUAUCCCCGCACCGACUGCUUGCCCAGGGCAACUCCUAUCGUCUGAUCAUCGAGAAAGCACAAACCUCAGACUCUGGCAAGUAUAUGGUAAGAGCCACCAAUGCCGGCGGGGAGGCCAAAAGCAUCGCCGAUUGUGCCAUUCUGGAGCCAUCCCCAGAGCGCCUCCAAGAGGUCGUCAAGACUAUUGUGUAUGAGACCACGCCCACGGCCACGACAGCCUUGAGCGAUUUUAAAACCGAAAAGCAGCCACAGCAGGAGCCACAGUCGUAUCAGAGCACUCAGAGCGAUGUGACCCAUGCGAACGACCUGCACGGCCUGUCCGAGUCGAAGGUGAUCACUGAGCAUCGUUGCACCACCGAGGCAACCAUGCGUCUAGAGCACAAGUCGGCCUUCAACCUGGAACUGCCCGAGCUGGCACCGCGACCCAAGACACCGCCCACCACCGACACCACCGAUAGAGCCACCGAUAGAGCCACCGAUACAGCCACCAGCCACACCACAAACACUGCCGCCCCCACACAACAGAUACAGAUACCGAUCCAGACCCCCUUCACGGUCAGCUUCAAGACCGGAGUGACCCAAACCCCGCCGCCAGUGCCGCCCAAGCCCUGCACGCCAGUGGUGGCCGCCCUCUAUGGCCAACAGCAGCAGCCACAGCAGAUUCAAACGCAGACCAACACCAGAUACGAGCAGAGCGAACACAAGUCCUCGUCGUCCUUCGACUACUUCAAGAAGAUCGACGAGGAGACCAUCACACAGCGCCCCAAGCCGCUGGCCUUCAAGCCCCUGGAGACGGUGGUGCGGCAGCCGCACGCCCAGAGCCUCGCGGAGGAGCUGCGAAGCCUCAACCUCAUACCGGGCGAUGCGCCCGAGUUCCUCUACGAGCCGAAGGCCGAGCGGAGGGAGCCCAAGGUGCCGCUGAUCAACGAGAAGAUCAAGAUCCUGUCGGAAGUGCAGCCCAUGGAGCCGCCGCCGCAGGGCGGGGUGCCAGUGUUCCCGCCCCCCCUCGGAGCCCUGCAGAGCGUGCAGCACGAGACGACGCUCACGAAGGAGGUCAAGGUGGAGUACGGCCAGCCCAUAGUGCGUCCCGCGGCGGUCCUGGCCACGCCCGCCCAGCAGAACCCCCGUUCGCCCUCGCCCAAGCCCUCGGCCGAGGGCGUGGCCAUGUCCAGGCUUUGGACGCCAGCCGGGGUCGCGGCCCCGGCAGCCGCCACGCCCACAAAGGAGCUGAAUGCCCCCUUCCUGGUGCAACAGAUAGCCAAGAGCAUACCGCCGCAGCCGGUCACCCAUCUGGUGAAUGUGGACCUGGAGCCGGGCACGCCCCCGGAGAUCUGUUUCGCCCCGAAGCCGGAGGAGGCGGUGCGCCGCCGCUCGCUGGUGGAGAGCAUGGAGCAGAAGCUGGAGCAGAAUCUGCUGCAGGGCCCGCGCAAGGUGCUGCCGCACUCGGUGCCGACCCUGACGCCGCCCGCCCCCAGCGCCUACCGCCCGCCACCGCCAGUGCUGCCCACCCGGCUGGGCCUCUACGAGAGCGACUACGAGAGCGAUCGGUACAAGUACAGCGGCAGCGAGAGCGAUGCGGAGCCCAGGGCCCAGCAGAAGCCCCUCGCCGCGGAGACGGCCUCCUUCAAGUCGAGCGGCUAUGCGGCCGACACCGAGGAGCACUCGAACUAUAGGAAAUCCGAGAGCAGCUACUACGAAACGAAGACGUCUUCAUCGACCACCUUGGGUGGGGGCGCGGGUCCACAGAAGCUCCAGCCCGAGCCACCGGCAACGAUUUACUAUGCCCCACAGGCACAGCCACAGGCGCCACAGCCGCAGCUGCAACAAAAGCAAUCCCAAGAGGCGAAGGACUUCUUUAGCAGCUCGAAGGUGACCAGCAACUACAGCAGCAGCUCGUCGCACCACCAGGAGACCAAGUACUCGUCGACCGGGCCCGUCACGGUCCUGCCGCAGCCGAGUCCGGUGCCGGCCCAGCGAAAGACCCCGGCGGCAGAGUUCAGUGACUACAGCAGCGAGGUGGACGAACGCUUCCGCUCGGUGUCCCGCACCAACGAGUCGGAGGCGGACAUCAAGGGCUACCGCGUGGUCUUCCCCCCCACACCCACGCCGCGCACGAACGUGGCCACCAACGGGCACAAGUCCCCGGUGGUGGUGAUCACCCCCUCGCCCAUGGAGUUCGAGCCCAUGCCCCACGAGGGCCGCCCCAAGUUCGAGCCGAUUGGCAAGGAGAUUCGUCACGAGAUCAAGACGGAGAGCAGCAACAGCACUAGCUCGAAGCAAUCCAAGUUCUUGCAACAGCAGCAGCAGCAGCAGCAGCCCGUGUUCAAGCCCAAGCCUGUGGCAGCAAAGUUUAUAGCUGCCACACAGCAGCAGCAGCAGCAGCAGCAGCCACAGCAGCACUCGCCUUCUCGUCCGACCAUGUACUACAAUGCUGUUGCUGGUGCCCCCAUGCAUCUGGCGAAGGUCGCCACCGAGACCAAGAACUCGAUGCAGAUGCACGAGUCCACCGAGAGCUCUCAGCGGGUGGUCAACAUGCAGCAGACGAAGCGCAUCAUUCACUUUGACAGCCAACAGCAGCAGCAGCAUCAGCAGCAGCAGCCGUUGGAGCCCUUCCCCUACAGCCCAGCCCCGAGUCGCACGCCCUCGCGGCAGUCGCAUCUGCCCCCGCCGGCCACGCCCACAAAAUUCAUACCCGGCGAGUUCCGGGAGAGCGACUACGAGAGCGAGGUGGAGGGCGGCCCGCGCAUCCAGCCGCUCUGGUCGCCCUACGGCGACGGCCUGACCCGGGGAUACCGCCGCGUGGCGCCGCCCCAGGGCUCGGCACGCUCCUGCAGCCUGCCACGCGCCUACGAGAGGGUGCUCUCCCCAAUGGAGUUCGAUCGGGGCCCCGAAAUGCCCACCAAGAUCCACGUGGAUGUGAACACUCUGCGGAAGGAGCAGCGGGGCGGCAGCACAGUGACCACGCAGCACAGCACCCAGUCCUUGAACAGAAACACCACGAUGAGGGGACAGCAUCAGCAUCAGCAUCAGCAGCAGCAGCAACAGCAGCAGCAGUCCAUGGAUCAGAUAGAUAGGGCUGGCACCCUGCCGCGCUGUGGAUACAACAGCACCCUGCAACAGCAGGCCGAGGGUCAGGGCAAGCGCAUGGGCUCCACGUUCCUACAGAAGUCCCAUCAAUUCAUCGAGGAUGUCAGCAGGGAUGUGCAGCAGCAGCAGCAACUGAGGAAUGGCCAUGGCCAUGUCCUGCGACCAGGAUUCAAGCGUGCCCCCAGCGAAGGCAGCAACCAGCCGCAGGCCUAUCGCGAUGAGUCGCGGGUCUCCCAAUACGAUCAGGGGACCCAAACGGACAGUCUACUCAUAACCGAAGAGGAGGAUCGGCGAAUGGAGGGACCCCUGGACAACGGUGCCGGUAAGACGCCUCUACGCAAAUCAGCCUCGUUCUCCUCGUCCUCCACGUCGACAUCGCAAUCGCAAUCGCCGGCUAGCUCCUCCCUGGGUUCGGCCACGUCGACCAUGUCGCUGCGCUCCUCCACGCCGCUGCGAGGCCACCAGCACUCCGCCUCGACGAGAGCCCUGCGGAGCGACACCAUCAACACGUUCCAGAAGUGGGAGACCACCAUCGAGUCCAUCAGCUAUGUGAGCACCAAGACGGUCUCCAUCUCGGACUUUGGCGAGGAGCCGCAGCUACGCGAGCAAACAGUCCAACAACAUUCUGGCGGUGGCACCAUCAUUGGCGGCGGCAGUGGCAUCAACUACGUGCCCCCCGCAUUGACACACGUCUAUGCCCAGGGCGACAUCUCGCCGCCGGUGUUCGAGCAGAUCUUCAAGAACGCUCGCUUCGCUCAGGGCGGCAAUGCCCUGUUCGAGGGACGGCUGCGUGGCAAUCCGAAGCCGUUCGUGACCUGGACCCGAAAAGGCGCACCACUUCUCGAGUCCCAGAAGUUCCGAAUGAGCUACAACGAGGCCACCGGCGAUGUCUCGCUGCUGAUCAAUCAGAUCGGACCCGGGGAUGAGGGCGAGUACACCUGCACCGCUCGCAAUCAGUACGGGGAGGCCAUCUGCAGUGUCUACAUCCAGCCGGAGGGGGCACCGAUGCCGGCGAUGCAGCAGCCCAUCCAGAAUCUGGAGAAGAACAUCUACUCGAACGGGUACUCGUACACGUCCAUCGAGGAGGAGUUCCGCGUGGACACCUUUGAGUAUAGACUGCUGCGCGAGGUCUCCUUCCGGGAGGCCAUCACCCGUCGCUCUGGCUACGAGCUGGACUCCCAGCUCUCCCAGGAGCUCGACCGCUCCCUGGGCCCUGCGCACGCCCCACAAAUCUCGCAGAAGCCGCGCAGCUCGAAGCUCAUUGAGGGCUCCGAUGCGGUGUUCACCGCCCGCGUGGGCUCCAACCCGAAGCCCCGUCUCACGUGGUUCCACAACGGCCAGCGUCUGGUGGCGUCGCAGAAGUACGAGAUCUCCUAUUCGAGCGGCGUGGCCACGCUGCGCGUGAAGAAUGCCACCGCCAAGGACGGCGGCCACUACACCCUUCUGGCCGAGAACUUCCAGGGCUGUGUCGUCUCCUCUGCCGUCCUGGCCGUGGAGCCUGCGGCGGAGUCUGCCUACGAGCCGAAGUCCGUGGACGUGAUGGCCGAGCAGCUGGAGGCGGGCAAGGCCCUGCCCCCGGCGUUCGUCAAGGCCUUCGCCGAUCGCGAGGUAACCGAAGGACGCAUGACGCGAUUCGAUUGCAGGGUGACUGGAAAUCCCUAUCCGGAGGUCUUCUGGUUCAUCAAUGGCCGUCAAGUGCGUGACGAUGCCUCGCACAAGAUUCUCGUGAAUGAGUCGGGCAGCCACUCGCUGAUGAUCACGAACGUGACCCGGCUGGAUGGCGGCGCUGUCCAGUGCCUGGCCCGGAACAAGGCCGGCGAGGUGGCCAUCGAGGCGCAGUUGAAUGUGCUGGAGAAGGAACAGGUUGUUGCACCGCAAUUUGUUCAGCGCUUCAGCACGAUGACUGUCCGCGAGGGCGAGCCCAUCACGAUGAGUGCCAAUGCCAUUGGCACGCCCCUGCCGCGCAUCACCUGGCAGAAGGAUGGCGUUCAGAUCUCCUCCACGGCCGAGCGAUUUGUGGGCAUUGAUGGGGGCGCCACCUGCCUGGAGAUACCGCGUGUCCAGGCCACGGACGCCGGCUGGUACCAGUGCACGGCUCAGAAUAUUGCCGGAUCCACGGCCAACCGGGCCAGGCUCUAUGUGGAAGUGCCCCGAGAGCAGCCGUCGCAAGAACAGAGGCGUUUGAAUCUCCCAAGACCCACCAAAGUGAUCGAGCCAGAGCCCAUUCCUGGCCCCGAGAUCAUCUACUUGCGCCACGUGGAGCGCGCCAAGCCCCAUCUGCGUCCUGGCGAGGAGGAUCGCGUGUAUCCGCCGCCGCAGUUUAUUAUCCCGCUGCAGAAUGUGCAGCAGACCGAAGGCGGUCGCGUCCAUAUGGAGGCGCGCAUUGAGCCCGUCGGCGAUCCCACAAUGGUCGUCGAGUGGUACCUCAAUGGACGUCCCCUGGCAGCCAGUGCCCGUGCCACAUCUGUCUUCAAGUUUGGCUUCAUCGCUCUCGAUCUGCUGAGCAUCAUGGGCCACGAUUCUGGGGAAUACAUGUGCCGCGUGAGCAAUGCCAGUGGCGUGGCCGAGUCCCGGGCCAUUCUCUCGGUGGUUCAGCGUCCGUCCAUCGAUCAGUCGUCGCAGAAUCCGAACAGCGUGCAGUACAUCUCGCAGCUGGAGGACUAUUCGCGCUACCAGCGCCAGGAGAGCUCCGAGGAGCAACUCAACCAAGCUCCGCAGUUCAUACGCCCGCUGCGCGAUCUGGGCGAGUUCGAGGAGGGCAAGAAUGUGCACUUCGAGGCACAGGUGACGCCCGUCAACGAUCCCUCGAUGCGCGUGGAGUGGUACAAGGAUGGCCUGCCCAUUACGGCCAGUUCCAGGAUCACGGCCAUCUUCAACUUCGGCUACGUCUCCCUGAACAUCCUGCACCUGAGAGCCGAGGACUCUGGCACCUACACUGUGCGCGCCGUCAAUCGCAUUGGCGAGGCCAUCAGUCAGUCCAUCAUCCGCGUCCAUGUGCGCUCUCAGGUCACCGCCGAUCUGGGCAUACCCGAGCAGCAGCGCUACAUCGAGAAGACCGAGCAGCUGGAGGACUACCGCAGCAAGUCCCAGCAGCGUCGCCAUGUCCAGGAGGCCCCCGAGGCCAUUGCCCCGCCGCAGUUCAAGACGCCCAUCCAGAACCAGCUCGAUCUGCGGGAGCACGCGCAUGCGCACUUUGAGGCGCGCCUCGAGCCCGUCGGCGACUCGACCAUGCGCGUCGAGUGGCUGAAGGACGGCCAGCCCCUGGAGGCGAGCAGCCGCAUCACCACCUACCACAACUUCGGCUACGUGGCGCUGACCAUCAAGCAGCUGACCAUCUACGAUGCAGGAACCUACACCUGUCGCGCCUACAACGCCAUGGGCCAGGACACCACCGUGGCCCAGCUGACGGUCAUCUCGAAGAAUGAAAUCGUCUCCGAGUCGCAGCACCCCGGGGGUCUGCAGAAGAUCCAACAUCUGGAGGACUCUUCGCGCUACGGGCGUCGCGAGGAGGAGGAGAUCUGCAUCAAUCAGGCUCCCCGCUUCCUGGGGCCCAUGAAGGGCACCACCAAGAUCCUGGAGGGCCAGCGCGCCCACUUCGAGGCACGCGUGGAGCCCCAGAGCGAUCUGGGCAUGCAGAUCGAGUGGUAUCACAACGGACGCUCGAUCACGGCCGCCAAUCGCAUCCAAACGUACUACGAUUUUGGCUACGUGGCCCUUGACAUCUCCCAAGUGAGGGCCGAGGAUGCAGGCGUCUAUCUGGUGGUGGCCAGGAACAAGCUAGGUGAAGCUCAGUUGCAGGCAACGAUGGUAGUGGAAACUCGUUCCAAUAUCGACACAUCUAGCAUGCAUCGUGGCCUCUACGAGAAGACCCAGAAUCUGGAGAACAAACCAUUCGUGGAGCCCCAGUACGACAUUGAGGAGAUCUCCAAGUCGAAGCCCGUGUUCGUCCAGCCCCUGGCCGAUCCCAAGCCCAUCCAUGAUGGCAAGAACAUCCAUCUGGAGUGCCGUCUGGAGCCCAUGGGUGAUCCGACCAUGCGCGUCGAGUGGUUCCACAAUGGCCGCCCCGUGACAGUGGGCUCUCGCUUCAGGACCUACUACGACUUCGGCUUUGUGGCUCUGGACAUCAUCAAGGCCACGGCCGCGGACUCUGGAGAGUAUACGGUACGUGCCACCAAUCACCUGGGCACGGCCCACACCUCUGCCUGUGUGCGGGUCAUCGACCGCACGGAUGUCGUCACGGAGACGCAGAACGAACAGUCCCUGGAGCAGAUCCAACUGCUGGAGGACUCGCGUCGUCGGCAGCAUCGCGAGGAGGACAUCACCGUGAUGCAGGCGCCACAGUUCACGCGGGCGCUGCACAACAUCGAGACCGUCGAGGGCACCAAUGUCCAUCUGGAGUGCCGCCUGCAGCCCGUCGGGGAUCCCUCGAUGCGCAUCGAAUGGUUCGUGAACGGCAAGCCCGUCAAGACGGGCCAUCGCUUCCGUCCCGCCUACGAGUUCGACUACGUGGCCCUAGAUCUCUUGGGCUGCUAUGCCAUCGAUUCGGGGGUGUACACGUGCCAGGCGAGGAAUCAGCUCGGCGAGGCCGUCACCUCCUGCUCCGUGAGGAUCACCUCGAAGAACGACCUGAUCCUGGAAACCCAGAACGAGUCGGGCCUGCAAAAGAUCGCCUAUCUGGAGGAUACAUCCCGGUACCGUCGCAACGUGGAGGUGGAUGAGGUCGUCAACAUCCGUCCGCGAUUCCUCACGCAACCCAAGAGCCUGACCAACACCCGCGAGGGCGGCCACGCCCAUUUCGAGUGCAAGAUUGAACCCGUCACGGAUCCCAAUCUGAAGGUCGAAUGGUUCAAGAACGGACGUCCCAUCACCGUGGGUCAUCGCUUCCGUCCCAUCCAUGAUUUCGGCUAUGUGGCUUUGGAUAUUGUCCACCUGAUUGCCGAGGAUUCGGGCAUCUACACCUGCCGGGCCGUCAAUCUGAUUGGCUCCGACGAGACCCAAGUGGAGCUGCAGUGCCGCAGCAGCGAGCAGAUCGUCACGGUGACCCAGAACGAGGCGGGUCUCGAGCAGAUCCACUAUCUGGAGGACCGUUCGAGGUACAGCCGUCGCGAGGAGAUCGACGAGAGCACCAAGCAGGCGCCCGUCUUCACCACGUCCCUGAAGAACAUCGAGAUCAAGGAGAACCAGCGCGCGCACUUUGAGUGCCGCCUGAUCCCCGUUUCGGAUCCAUCGAUGCGCGUGGAAUGGUACCACAACAAUCUGCCCCUCAAGUCGGGCUCUCGCUUCACGGAAACCUCCAACUUUGGCUUUGUGGCUCUCGACAUCAUGUCCACUCUGCCAGAGGACGCCGGCACGUACACCUGUCGCGCCUUCAACGCCGUUGGCGAGGCCAUCACCUCCGCGGUGGCUGUGGUGCACACGAAGAAAUCGAUCUACCUGGAAUCGCAGCACGAGACGGCUCUGCCGCGUCUGCAGCACCUGGAGGAUGGCUCCAAGCGUCAGCGGAUCAGCGUCCAGGAUGAGUUCGUCUCCCAGGCUCCGGUCUUCACGAUGCCCGUGCGGGAUGUUCGUGUCGCCGAGAACCAGGCCGUGCACUUUGAGGCGCGUUUGAUCCCGGUGGGCGAUCCCAACCUGAAGGUCGAGUGGCUGCGCAACGGCCAGCCCAUCGAGGCCUCCAACCGCACCACCACCAUGCAUGACUUUGGCUAUGUGGCGCUGAACAUGAAGUACGUGAAUCCCGAGGAUUCAGGCAGCUACAGCUGCCGGGCCAUCAACGAGCUGGGUCAGGCGGUGACCUCUGCCUCGCUGAUUGUCCAAUCGAAGACGGCCAUUCAGCUGGAGACCCAACACGAGGCGGCCAUGCACAAGAUCCAUCAACUGGAGGACCACAGCCGCUACCAGCGACGCGAGGAGGAGGAGUACACGGUCACGACGGCCCCGGUGUUUGUCACGAAGCUCAUAGGCCCCACGAACCUGAAGGAGGGACAGUCGGCCCACUACGAGUGCCGCAUUGAACCGUAUCCGGAUCCCAAUCUCAAGGUCGAGUGGUUCCACAACGGGAAACCCCUGAGCACGGGCCAUCGCUUCCGCACCACCUACGAUUUCGGCUUUGCCGCCUUGGACAUCCUCACGGUCUAUGCGGAAGACUCCGGCGAGUACACCUGCCGUGUGACCAAUAAUCUGGGCGAGGCGGUCAAUUCGAUCGUCCUGAAUGUCACCUCCCGCUCCUCGAUCAUCCAUGAGACGCAGCACGAGGACGCUCUGUCGAAGAUUGCCCAUCUGGAGGACGCCUCACGGUUCCAGCGAAAGGCGGACGAAGAGCAGUUCCAUGCGGAGCGACCGCAGUUCGGGCGCUCCCUGCGCAACGCCAAGGUCAACGAGGGCACGCCAGUGCACCUGGAGGCCACACUGAUACCCGUCAACGAUCCCACAAUGAAGGUCGAGUGGUACUGCAAUGGCACACCCAUCCAGACAGGACAUCGCUUCAAGACCACCUACGACUUUGGUUUCGUGGCCCUGGACAUCCUGUAUGCGCAUGCCGAGGACACUGGCACGUACAUGUGCAAGGCCAAGAAUGCCAUUGGAGAGGCAGUGACGACAUGUGCUGUAAACGUAACAGCAAACAAAACCCUCGAUCUGGACACUAUGGAUGCUGAAAGACUGGAGAAGAUCCGCCAACUGGAGAGCUAUGCCCCACCCACAAAGCCCGUGGUUGAGGAGAAGGGCUCCAAGCCCAUUUUCCUAACGCCCCUGAGCAACCUGGAGCACCUGAAGGAGGGCGAACACGCCCACCUCGAGUGCCGCGUGGAGCCCAUCAACGAUCCGAAUCUGAAGAUCGAGUGGUUCUGCAACGGCAAGCAACUGCCGAUGGGCCAUCGUUUCCGCACCACCCACGACUUUGGCUACGUGGCACUGGACAUCCUCUAUGUGUAUGGCGAGGACACCGGCACGUACAUGUGCAAGGCCACCAAUCUGUUGGGCGAGGCGGUGAACACCUGCAAUGUGCGGGUGCUGAACCGCCGCAGCAUGAUCUUGGACACCCAACACCCCGAUGCCCUGGAGAAGAUCCAGAAGCUGGAAUCGAAGGUCGUGAAUGCCCGCACUGAGGUCGGCGAUCACCCCAUCAGUCCGCCGCACUUUACGGCGGAGCUGCGCGGCUCCACGGAGAUCUACGAGGGACAGACGGCGCACUUUGAGGCCCAGGUGGCACCGGUGCACGAUCCCAACCUUCGCAUCGAGUUCUACCACAACGGAAAGCCCCUGCCGUCGGCGGCCCGCUUCCACAUCACCUUCGACUUUGGCUACGUGUCCCUGGACAUCACCCAUGCCGUCGCCGAGGACGCCGGGGAGUAUUCCGUGCGGGCUGUCAAUGCCAUGGGACAGGCGGUGUCGGCAACCAAUUUGCGGGUGAUUGCCCGCGGCACCAUCAUCUCGGACACGCAGCACCCGGAGGGUCUGGAGAAGAUCCGCAAGCUCGAGUCCGCGGCGCCGCAUCAGCGCCAGGAGGUGGAGACACCCGGCACUCGCCAGCGUCCGGUGUUCACGCAGCCGCUGCAGAACAUCGAUCGGAUCAAUGAGCACCAGACGGCGCACUUUGAGGCGCGCCUGAUCCCCGUGGGGGAUCCCAAUCUGAAGGUCGAAUGGUACCGCAACGAGAAGAUCAUCGAGGACAGCUCUCGCAUCACCAAGCAAGCCGACUUUGGCUUCGUUUCUCUGGACAUUUCGCACAUCCGGAAGGAGGACGAGGGCGUGUACAUGUGCCGUGCCGUCAAUCCGCUCGGGGAGGCCGUCACCACCGCCUCCAUGCGGAUUGUGUCCGAGGCCAGCAUCCUGAUGGACACCCAACACCCGGACAGCAUUAGUCGCAUCCAUCAGCUGGAGAAACCGUUGGCGCCACGUCCCACAGAGCCUGAGCGUCUCUUCGAGAAGCCCAUCUUCACGCAGCUGCUCACGGGACCAUCGGAGGUGUGGGAGGGCGCCCAUGCGCACUUCGAGGCGAGGGUCGUUCCCGUGGGAGAUCCUUCUCUCCGGUUCGAGUGGUUCAUCAACGGCGUGGAGCUGCAAAUGGGCUCCCGCCUGCGCACCACCCACGACUUUGGCUUCGUGACCCUCGACAUUGCCGCAGUGGUGCCGGAGGAUGCCGGUGUUUACAUGUGCCGCGCCUACAACGCCGCCGGGGAGGCCGUCUCCUCUACGGCCAUGAAGGUCAAGACCAAGUCGAACAUCGACGGACAGCCCUUGAUCCCCGAGUCGUGGGAGGCCAUCCGUCUGAAGGAGGCCGCCAUGAACCGCGUCCCGGAGAUGUUUGUGGACUCCACGCCUCAGCAGGCGCCAGUCUUCACAACACAUCUGCAAUCGUACGACAAGUUGCACGAGGGACAGCAUGUCCUGCUGGAGGCCCAGGUGGAGCCCCGAGCGGAUCCCAAUCUGCGCAUCGAGUGGUUCAAGAACGGCAUCUCCCUGACCACUGGCUCGAGGAUACGCAGCACCUUCGACUUUGGCCUGGUGACGCUCUCCAUCAACGGAUUGAGGGAGGACGACAGUGCCAUCUAUACCUGCAAGGCCACCAACCAGAUCGGGGAGGCCGUGUCCACGUCCUCUCUGAAGAUCGAGGACCGUCACUGGCUGCAGGCGGAUUCCCUGCAUCCCGAUGCCCUGCCACGCAUUGGGGCCUUGGAGGCGCCCAAGGCGGAUCGUCCUGCCGCCCCAGAGCCCACGUACGAGACCCCGGUGUUCAUCACGCACCUGAACAACAUCGAGUGCAAGGAGUCGGACAAUGUGCGCUUCGAGUGCAACGUGGAGCCCGCUCGGGAUCCCACCAUGCAGAUCGAGUGGUUCUACAAUGGACAGCCGCUGCAGGCGGCGGCCAAAUUCAAGUCCAUCUACGAUUUUGGCUACUGCGCUUUGGAUCUGAAUAACUCGUAUGCGGAGAACAGUGGCAUCUACACGUGCAAGGCCACCAAUAGCCGGGGAUCGGCCACCACAUCGGGCACGCUCAAGUGCACCGGGGGCAAGACCAUGUUCCUGGACACUCAGCAUCCCCAGGGAGAGAGCGGUCUGGAGGCCGUCCAGGAGACAGAGGAGGCCUUGGCCAAUCGCUAUGCCCAGAAAUCGAGCAAGCCCGAGACCCAGUACCCACCGCCCGUGUGGACAAAGCCUCUGCAGGCGGAGUUCCAUCUGUCGGAGGCGCAGCCCAUCCAUCUGGAGGCCAACGUGGAGCCCAAGGAGGACCCCAAUCUAUUCAUCGAGUGGUACUUCAACGGCAAGAUGCUGCAGCACGGCUCCCGGUUCAAGAUGACCACGGAGUUUGGGUUCGUCACGAUGGACAUGAUCGAGGUGUAUGCCCGCGAUCAGGGCAUCUACACGUGCAAGGCGUACAACAAGGCCGGCGAGGCCUUCACCUCCACGACCAUCUUCUGCUCCACGAAGGAGAGCAUCAUUGAGUCCACGCAGCACCCGAAGGGCGCGGAGGGUCUCGAGCAGAUCCAGGACCUGGAGGACUCACUGCGCAAGGACGGCUCGAAGCCGGAGCAGCCCGAUCUGGGCAUUGCGCCGCGCUUCACCACGGAGUUCGUAAACAUUGCGGACAUUGGUGAAGGAGAACUGGCCCACUUCGAGGCAAAUCUGAUUCCUGUCGGGGAUCAGAGCAUGAUCAUCGAGUGGUUCUACAAUGGCAAGGUCCUGGAGGCCAGCCACCGCGUGCGCACCAUCUAUGCGUUCGGAACGGUCGCCCUGGAGGUCCUCGGCACCAAGAUCGAGGACACUGGCACCUACACGUGCCGUGCCACCAAUAAACAUGGCACUGCCGAAAUCAGCUGCACGCUGGAGUGCGUGGACAAGCCACGUGGCCAGAAGCCACAUUUCACCUCCCACAUCCAGCCGCUGGAGGGCCUGAAGGACGGCCAGGCGGCGCACUUCGAGUGCACGCUGAUUCCGGUCAACGAUCCGGAGCUGAAGGUCGAAUGGUACCACAACGGCACCCUGUUGCGUCACUCGAAUCGCAUCAAGACCGUCUCCGACUUCGGCUACGUUGUCCUGGACAUUGCCUACCUGCAGGACCACGAUUCCGGGGAGUAUGUGUGCCGUGCCUGGAACAAAUACGGCGAGGACUUUACCCGCACGACUCUCAACUGCGGCGGACGCGGCGGCGUCUUCUACGACAGCCUGCAGCCCGACUCCUUGCAGCGUAUCCGCGAGCUGGAGUGCCCCCAGGGCCCGCAGGGCGACACCAGUGCCCCCGCGGUGGCAGAGCCACCGAAAUUCAUCACCCAAAUCGCGGAUGUCACCAAAUUGGUCGAGGGACAGAGCGCCCACUUUGAGGCACGUCUCACGCCCAUCACCGAUCCCGAUCUGGUGGUGGAAUGGUACUUCAACGGCAAGAAACUGCCACAUGGCCAUCGGUUCCGCACUUUCCACGACUUUGGCAUCGUUAUCCUGGACAUCCUGUACUGCUACGAGGAGAACUCUGGCGUGUACGAGUGUCGGGCGGUCAACAAAUACGGAGAGGACUCCACGCGAGCCUCCCUCAAGUGCACCUCAAAGGCCAGCCUCAUUUUGGACUCCCAGCUGCCGCGCGGCAUGGAGGGCGGCCUUGAGAAGAUCGCCAAUCUGGAGUACAGCAUGGUCCGCACACGCGACGACACCACCACCGAGGAGACCAAGGGCAAGGCUCCCGUCUUCACGGUGCCCCUCGAGAACAUCGACAACAUGCGGGAGGGCGAGAAUGCGCACUUUGAGGCCAGGAUAACGCCCGCAGACGACCCCAAGCUAAAGGUCGAAUGGUUCUGGAAUGGACGUCCCCUCAAGGCGGGCUCUCGGUUCCGCACUUUCUGCGACUUUGGCUUUGUUAUCCUCGAGAUUUCUCCCGUGUAUCCCGAGGACUCUGGGGAGUACUCGUGCCGCGCCAUCAACGAGUACGGCGAGGCCGUGACCACCUCCACCAUGAAAAUCCAGGGCAAGCGGUCCAUCAUCAUGGAAUCGCAGCUGCCGAAGGGCAUGGAGGGCACGAUCGAUCGCAUCGCAGAGCUCGAGGGCUUGGGCUCGCGCAGCACAGAGUUUGUGCCCGACGACGACACUGGCAAGCCGCCAGAGUUCAUCACGACACCCUUCGACAUGGUCAUCACGGAGAACUCUCUGGCGCACUUUGAGUGCCGUCUGCAGCCGAUCAACGACCCGUCGAUGCGCGUGGACUGGUUCCACAAUGGCAAGGCCUUGUGGGCCGGCUCUCGCAUCAAGACGAUCAAUGACUUUGGCUUCGUGAUCCUCGAGAUUGCGGGCUGCUAUCAGCGGGAUACUGGGCUGUACACGUGCAAGGCCACCAACAAGCACGGCGAGGCCACGGUCUCCUGCAAGCUGCAGGUCAAGGGCCGUCAGGGCAUCGUCAUGGAGCCGCAGCUGCCCUCGAACUUCCGCACUGGCACCGAGAGCCUCCAGAAGCUGGAGGAGAGCAUGCACAAGCGGGAGGAGAUCAUCAUCGAUGAGGAGCAGCCCAAUCCCCCGAAGUUCACCGAGGACAUCAAGGACAACCUGGAUGUCCCCGAGGGCGGUCCCAUUCACUUCGACUGCCGCGUGGAGCCCGUCGGCGAUCCCUCGAUGCGCAUCGAAUGGUUCUACAAUGGCCGCGUGAUGGCCACUGGCUCGAGGGUCCAUCAGCUGAAUGAUUUCGGCUUUAUUGCCCUGGACGUGGACUACAUCUAUGCCCGCGACUCCGGGGAGUACACGUGUCGUGCCACCAACAAGUGGGGCACUGCCACCACCACCGCCAAGGUCACGUGCAAGGGCAAGCACAACAUUGUCUACGAGUCGCAGCUGCCCGAGGGCAUGACCUCCGAUAAGCUCAAAGAACUCGAGCGCGGACGCAUACCCGAGGCACCCAAGAUCGUCGAACAGGAGUACGGACCACCACAGUUCGUGACACAGAUCACCAACGUCACCGUGGAGGAGGCCGAGGCCGUGCGCUUCGAGUGCCAGGUGGAACCCAAAACGGAUCCCAGCCUGCGCGUCGAAUGGUAUCGCAACGGCAAGCCCCUGCCCUCGGGCCAUCGCUAUAGGAACAUCUUUGACAUGGGCUUCGUCUCUCUGGACAUCCUGUACGUCUAUGGCGAGGAUUCUGGGGAGUACGUGUGCCGUGCCAUCAACAAUCAUGGCGAGGACCGCACUAGAGCCACAGUCUCCUGCAAAAAACUGCCUACCAUUUUGUUGCAGAACCAAGUGCCCCGCGGCAUGAAACGCUCUGAUGCCCUCACCCAAAUGGAGGCCACCAUCAAGAAGUACACUUCGGAAGUGCAUCUAACAGAAGACGAUCUGUUCGAUCCGGACCGCAAGCAGCCCCCGAGAUUCGUGACCCAAAUCAAGGAACAGCUGACGCUCACGGAGAUGGCCGUCACGAAGUUCGAAUGCCAAUUGGCGCCAGUGGGUGAUCCCAACAUGAAGGUUGAAUGGUUCUUCAACGGCAAGCCUCUGCUGUACAAGAACCGCUUCCAGCCCAUCUACGAUUUCGGUUAUGUGGCCAUGAACUUUGGCUGGGUCUAUCCCGAGGAUUCGGGAGAGUACGUCUGCCGUGCCACCAAUUUGUAUGGCAAGGACGAGACCCGAGCCUUCAUCAAGGUCUCUGGAAAGCCAGGCAUUGUCUAUGAUUCGCAGCUGCCUGCUCAUAUGCAGAGCAUUGAUCGCAUACGAGAAAUGGAGGCCUCAUGGCAGGUUGUGCCCGAGGAGGCCGAUCCCGAUGCCAAGCCCCGAUCGAAGCCCGUCUUUGUCAGCAAAAUCGAACCCCAGACGGUGGAGGAAGGCGAACCCGCCCGAUUCUGUGUCCGUGUCACUGGACAUCCACGUCCCAGGGUCAUGUGGUUGGUCAAUGGCCACACCGUGGUGCAUGGCUCUCGCUAUAAGCUCACCAACGAUGGCAUGUUCCAUUUGGAUAUCCCGAAGACCCGCCAAUACGACACUGGCAAAGUGGAGGUCAUUGCCCGCAAUUCUGUGGGUGAAUCCAUCACCCAAACCGAACUGAAGGUCGUCUCACGCUCCGAUGACUAUCGCAAUGUCCUAAAGAACUCCCCACGCCCCUGGUACGAUUACGAGCUAGCCGCCUAUCAGAAGGAACGCCAGGACAACGAACUGGAAAAGGUAUUCGAUGAACGUAAGCAAUAUUUGUCCGAGCAGAGUGCCCACACGCUCAAGGGCGUGGAGCACCUGAAGCCGAAGCAGUACAAGCCCCAGACACCCGACUGGCAGCAGAAUGUCAAGGCCAAGAAGAGCGAGGAGUACUACAACAAGCUGCAGAGCCUCGAGGUGGAGCAGCUCCUCAAGGAAACCAAUCUGAGGAGGGACAAUCAUCAGUAUGCCAUUCCCGGCGAGAAGGUUGUCAGCAGUUCAGCGGCCAAGGGCAUGGCCCACUCGUACGAAGAGAAUCUUCAAGAGCAGACGAGCACCACUCAAGUGAAGCCUGCCCCGCCAAAGGGCACCGCUGAACCCUCGGAAUCGUCGGUGCAUGGCCGCGAGGUGCACAUGAACAAGCAACAGCAAGUGCAGAAGGAGAUUCAAGGUGAUCUGGAGAUCACCCGCAAGAUCACUGCCACCGAGACCACCGAAGUGGAGCACAAGGGCACCAUCCAGGAGCGCGUCGUCAAGGGACCCGUGAAGCCCGCCAAGGCCCCCGUCUUCACCAAGAAGAUCCAGCCCUGCCGCGUAUUUGAGAACGAACAGGCCAAGUUCGAGGUGGAGUUCGACGGGGAGCCCAAUCCGACGGUGAAAUGGUACCGCGAGAGCUUCCCCAUCCAGAACUCGCCCGAUCUGCAGAUCCACACGUUCAGCGGCAAGUCGAUUCUGAUCAUCCGCCAGGUGUUUGUCGAGGAUUCGGCCGUCUUUUCGUGCGUGGCCGAGAAUCGCGGAGGCACCGCCAAGUGCAGUGCCAAUCUCGUGGUGGAGGAGCGUCGUCGUGCAGGCAAGGGCGGCAUCCAGCCCCCGAGCUUUGUCAACACCAUUCAGAGCACCACCGUGGCCACCGGACAGCUGGCACGCUUCGAUGCGAAGGUCACCGGCACCAAGCCCAUGGAUGUCUACUGGCUGAAGAACGGCAUGAAGAUCCAUCCGAGCAUCAAAUUCAAGAUGCUCGAGGAGGACAGCAUCCACACCCUGCUGAUCAUCGAACCCUUCGCCGAGGACUCUGGCCGCUACGAGUGUGUGGCCGUCAAUUCCGCUGGAGAGGCGCGCUGCGAUGGCGAUUGUGUCGUCCAGUCGCCCACAAAGCCGGAGAAACCCACAACACCCGGCAGCGAGAAGGCGCCCCACAUUGUGGAGCAGCUGAAGAGCCAGUCCGUCGAGGAGGGCAGCAAGGUGAUCUUCCGCUGCCGCGUGGACGGCAAGCCCACGCCCACGGCCCGCUGGAUGCGAGGCGAGAACUUUGUGAAGCCGUCGCGCUACUUCCAAAUGUCGCGCCAGGGCGAGUACUACCAGUUGAUCAUCUCGGAGGCCUUCCCCGAGGACGAGGGCACCUACAAGUGUGUGGCCGAGAACAAGCUGGGCAGCAUCCAGACCAGCGCCCAGCUGAAGGUGCGUCCCAUCGAGAAUUUGGACGCCCCACCCACCAUCACGGCCCUGAAGGAUGUCUCCGUCACGGAGGGCAUGCCCGCCCAGUUCAAGACGACGGUGACGGGCAAGGUGAAGGCCACCAGUGUUCAGUGGUUCCGCGAGGGACAGCUGAUCCCUGAGACCCCAGAUUUCCAGAUGAUCUUUGAUGGCAACAGCGCUGUGCUUUUGAUUGGAACCACCUACGAGGAGGAUUCGGGCAUCUUUACAGUACGUGUGACCUCGUCCACCGGCCAGGUCGAGUCCUCAGCCAAACUGACUGUUAAAAAACGACGAAUCUCGGCCUUUCAAUUGCGCACAAUUGAUUCCGCCGAAGAUGAGUCCUCGUCCUCCGGCCGGGAGGAUGCACCAGACUCGCCCCUGCAGCCAGGACAACAGCUGCAGCCGGGGGGCCAGCAACAGCAGCAGUUUGGCCAGUAUCUGGGGGUCAAUGGUCAUGAGGGAAGGUCGCGCACAAAGAAGCCGAAGGUGAGGAGCAAGUCCCUGCAGCCUGCCACAAAGGUGAUACCCUGGCGCAAGUCCUCGCGUCCGAAUCGUGGACGUUCGCUGGACAAGGGCGUUUUCCUGCCCGGCUUCAAGCCGGAGCCCGUCAAGUCCUGGACUGAGGAGACCAUCAGCCUGAAGGCCACACCCAUUGAGAAGAAGAAGCCCACUCCGAAGCUGGAGGCGGCCACAGUGGUCCUCAAGUCGAUCAAAACAGAGCGGGAUCGGGGCAUCAUGAGUCUGGGCGCCACUCUGGAGCAGAUCAUUGCCGGCAAGACAGAAAAGGAGGCGGUGCCCUGGAUCACGAUGCGCGAGAAGCUCAAGCAAGUGGAGAGCGUGUCGGAGCAGCUGAACAAGUUCGACAUCGACGAGGUCUAUCUGCGUCCCCUCGAAGGAGCCAUCGAGACGGAGGAGCCACUGCCGCAGCAGGCGCAGGUGGCACAGGAGCAGCGCACCAAGGAGAUCCAGCGGCUGAAGAGCAUGGAGAGCGUGGAGAUUAUGGAGAUGACGGAUCAGAUCGACAAGCUGAUCACCCAGCAGCAGAACAACAAGGACCUCAUACCCUGGAAGGAGAUGCGGCAGCAGCUGAAGAGCGUGCAGCGUGUGACCAAGCAGAUCGACAAGUUCAAGAUCGAGGAAGUGGAACUGAAGCACUUGCAGGCACAGCAGGCCAUCGCUGAGGAGGUUCUCCUCACCAUCGAUGAGAGCUCCAAGGGCUCCAUCUCGAAGAUGGUCCAGCGCGCGGACCUCCAGCGGUACGAGGAGGACCAGUCGGGCCUCUACAAGCAGCAGUUCAUCACCACCGAAGACGUCAACAUCAUGCACGUCUCCGAGCGGGAGAAGCUGGAGGCCCAGCGUCUGAUCCGCGAGCAGCAGGCCGUCAACUGGCGGCAGCAGCAACAGCAGCGGCCCCAGCUGCAGCCCCUCACCUCCGUGGAGGACACCAUUUCGCAGGCGAGCGACCGCCAGAGACUCGUCCAGCAGCAGAGCCUCAUCGAGGAGGCCCAGCGACAGCAGUUCGUGCAGAUCGAGGACUCGCAGAUGAUGAGCCUCGAGCAGUACGAGCACCAGAAGAUCGUCAAUCAGCGAACGCAGCAGGAGGCCUUCGACUGGCGCCAGCCACGGGAGCCCCAGAAGUUCAUUCAAGUGGAGGACUCCUCGCUCAUGCAUUUGCAGGAGCGUCAGGAUACCCAGGAGCAGCAGUUGCUGCAACAGCAGCCCGUCCUCUGGGACCGUGGCAAGAAGAGGCCGGAACAGGCCCAGCCCCAGCCCCAGGCACCCGUCCAAGAACAGCAGCAGCAGCUGGUGGAGAAGCCAAAGACCUACGAGGAAAUGCACGACGUGCUGCAGGAGCCUCUGCCAGUGGCACAGCCACAGCAGCAGCCCGUGCUGUGGGAACGCGGCAAGAAGCAAAAGCCUGCCGCCCAGACCUACGAGGAGCUGCAUGACGUGCUGCAGGAGCCCCUGCCCGUGCAACAGCAACAGCCCGAGCCGGUUCCAGUCCUAUGGGAACGCGGCAAGAAGAAGGUCCUACAGGAACAGGUGACCACCACUCAGGAGGUGCUGCAACAGACCUCUCAAGUGAUCGAGCAGCAGACCUCCCAAGUGGUCGAACAGCAGACCACCCAGGUCCUGCAGCAGCAACAGAUCGUGGAGGAGACCAAAAAGACAGCCGUCCGCCGCGUGAUUCCCCCCCGGGAACCCGAGCAGAAGGUGGAGCAGGUACAGCUGAAGCCCACGCCCAGAUCCCGCCCCAAACAAGCGGAGAAGGCGGAGGACUUCCAGUUGAAGCCCCUGAAGACCACCAGACCCGUGCAGCAGCUGGUGGAGCAGCAGCCGGCCCAAAGGGGCUACGAAGAGGCCACGGAUGAGCUGCCCGAAGAAGAGCCUGUGCCCCAAGUGGAGGCACAGCCCCAGCCUGUGCUGUGGGAACGCGGCAAGAAACAGAAGCCUCAACAGACAGCGGAGCAGGAGGUACCCAAGACUCUAGAGGUGGCAGUCGACACUCUGGAGGAGGAAAAGGUCGUCCCCGUAGAGCCGCAACCGCAGCCUGUGCUGUGGGAGCGUGGCAAGAAAAAGCCAGCCACAAAGGCGGAAGUUGUCGAGGAAGCAGCUCCCAAAGCGCUCGAAGUGGCAGUGGAUACCCUGGAGGAGGAGGAGCAGAAGAUUCAACCUCAACCCCAGCCCCAGCUCUGGGAGCGCGGCAAGAAAAAGAAGCCCCUGCCCAAGCCCCAAGAAGUUGUCGAGGAAAAGCUGGAAGAAGCACCAGUCCAGACCUACGAAGAGGCUGUCGACGUCCUGCCCGAAGAACCCAUCGUGGAGGAGACGCCACAGCCUGUUUUGUGGCAGCGUGGCAAGAAGAAGCCCAAGGCUGCACCCAAGCCCGAACCAGAAGAGCCCGUGGAAGAAGAGCAGCACCCCGAUGAGGUCGAUGCGCAAAUCGAGAAGGUCCUUGUGGAAGAGGAGGUGGAAGUGGUCCAGGAAAGGCGCAAGAUCAGGAAGAUCAAGAAGCCCAAGGCCACGGAAGAGGUUCAGGAAGAGAUUGUGGAGGAAAUUCCUGAGGAAGAAGUCCCCGAAGAGGUUGUCGAGAUCCUGGAAGAACAGGAGGAUAUCGUAGAAGAAAAGAAAAAGGUCAAAAAGAUCAAGAAACCAAAGAAAAUUGUUGAAAAGACUGAAGAGGAGGUUCCUGAAGAGGAGGUUCCCGAAGAAGAGACUGUCGCAGAACUCGAAGAGAUCGUGGAAGAGCCUGAAGAGAUCGUGGAAGAGCCUGAAAAGAUCGUGGACGAACAGGAAGAGAUCUUGGAGGUCCAAGAAGAAGUUGUCGAAGAAAAACGUAAGGUGAAAAAGGUCAAGAAACCGAAAAAGACUGUAGAAACGAUCGAGAUCACAGAAGAACAGCCCGAAGAAGAGGCACCUGAAGAAGAAGAAGUCGUAGAAGAGCCAGCAGAGAUCGUGGAAGAAAAGAAAAAGGUGAAAAAGGUCAAGAAACCCAAGAGCAAGGUAACCGUAGAACAAGAAGCCGAAGAAGAACAACCCGCAGAAGAGGUUGAAGAACCAGAAGUGGAAGAACCCAUCGCUGAAGAACCUCUUCCCGUAGAAGAACCCAAAAAAGUGAAACCCAAGCCCCAACAGGUGGUAGAACAGGUUGAAAAGGUGGAGCUGAAGCGGACGCCCCGGAAGCAACAGCCUCUUCCCGAAAAGGAGCAGGUGGAGGAGGUGUCCUUGAAGCCAUUGAAAAAGACUGCUGUUGUCUCGCAAGAGACACCACAACCAGAGGAGAUCGAAACGGAGGAGGUCAUCACCACCGAGGAGCAAAUUGUGGAUGUAACCAAGAAGCGGUUGAAGAAAAAGAAGCCCAAGCCAAAGACAGCCACAGAAGAGGUCUCAGAAGAGCCGGAAGAGGAACCUCUGGAAGAGCUCGAGGAAGAGGAACUGCAGCCCCAGGAAGAGGAGCAACAGCCAGAGGAAGAGGUGCAGCAGCCCAUCCCAGAAGAGGAGCAGCCUGUACAACCAAAGGCAGCACCAAAACCGAAGCCACAGAAGCAGGAAAUCAUCGAAAAGGUGGAAGAAGUGGCUCUCAAGCGUGUCUCGCGACCAAAGAAAACGCUGCCGGAGGAAGCCACCAUCGAGGAGGUGCGUCUCAAGCCCACCACCAGGAAGUCCAUCAAGCCCGAGGAAGUGAAACUCGAAGAAGUGGACCUGCAGCACGUGGAAAAGGUCGAGGAAGAGCUCAUCCAAGAGGAGAAGCGCAAGACCAAAAGGGUCAAGAAGCCCAAGCACGAGGAUCUGCCGGAUAUUCCCGAUGCAGAGCCCACCCAGCUGGAGGAAGCGGAGCACUUGGACCUCGAGAAGGAGCCCAAGAUCGAGGAGGAGCAGCCCCAAGUGCCAUGGAAGCGAGGCGAAAAGAAGAAGCCAGUGGAGGAGGUGCUUGAGGAGAAGCAAUGGCCCAAGGGCAAGCGGCAUCUGCUUCCCGCCGAGCAGCCCGAGGAAGUGCAGCUCAAGCCCAUACCCGCGAAGCCAGCGGAGGCGCCACAGCAGCCCGAAAAGGCCAUUCCCGGGCCCCAGCUGGUGCCCCAAGAGAAGCCCGAAAGCGAAGAGGAAGAACUGGAACUGGAACCCCUCAAAGUGCCCGAGGACUCUGCCCCCAAGGUCAAGAAGGAAAAGAAAAGGAAGCCCAAGCUAAAGAAGGCCACGCCCUCGGUGGAUGAGGUCUCCGAGGAGACGGCCGAGCCCUUUGCCGAGCCCAUUGCCGAGGAAGAUGAGGUCGACGAGGUCCUUCCCGUCGACGAUGACAAAGUGGUGGCCGUCUCUGAGGAUGUCCUGCCCGAGGAGGAGGUCAUUCCCUCCGAGGAGAGCCCCGCCGAGGCGAAGCAAAAGGCCCAAAAGAAGCGCACAAAGCGCCUGAAACAGGCCUCCGUCGAGGGACAGCCGCAACUCCUCGAAGCAGCCAUUGCGGAAAUCGAAAAGGUGGACGAAGUGUUCCAAGAGAUCUCACAAAAAACCAUCACCUUGCUGAAAAAGACUGAAGAUACGCGACCGCAGUUCAUCACCACGGAACAGCUGAUCGAACUGGACGUGGAGGAUGUCCGUCGCGAUCUCGAGAUGAAGGUCACCUCGAACAUCAUCAAGAAGGAGAAGCGUAGGGUCGUUCUGGACGACAGUCAACCGCUGCCGGAGCUGGAGCUCAUCACACAGAAGCGCAUCCAGGAGGGCAUCGAUCGCGUGGCCGACGAAGAGCUCAUCGAGGAUCAGCAGCUCACACAGAACCAGCAGGAGACCACCACUUCGGAGGUGAUCGGACAGGAGAGGAAGCUCGUGAAGAAAAAGAAGAAGGAGAUCAAGCCGCCGCGCAUCACAGAGAAGCUGCGACCCCGCCAAUGCGUCCCCGAAGAGCCCACAGUGCUGGAGUGCAAGGUGGAGGGAGUGCCCUUCCCCGAAAUCAAUUGGUACUUCAAUGACAUACUGCUCUUUGCCUCGGAGAAGUACGAGAUCACGGUGGUGGAGCAGGUGGCGCAGCUGAAGAUCGCCAAGGUCACGCCCAGCGAUGUGGGUGUCUACACGUGUGAGGCCAAGAACGAGGCAGGAGUGGCCACAAGUCGUACCAACAUUAUUCUCGAAAAAGAACAAGGCGUCGCGCCACAGUUUACGAAACCCCUAAAGAUCGAGUUCACCGAAGAGAAACAGCCCGAGAGGCUGAAGGUCACGGUGACCUGUCAGGUGGCCGGAAAGCCCCAUCCCCAGGUCAAAUGGUAUCGCGGCAUCGAGGAGGUUCUGCCCAGCGAAACCGUCCAAAUGUUCCACGACGAGCAGACGGGCGAUGUGGCCCUGGAGGUGUUUAACCCGCCGCCGAAUGAGGCCAUCACGUACUCGGUGCAGGCACAAAACCAGUUUGGACGUGCCAUUGGCAAUGCCAACAUCAUGAGUCGCCUGGAUGAGGCGCAGCAGGAGCCCAAGGAGAUCCUAAAGCCCCCCACAGUCACUCCACUGAACGCCGUCGUGGUGCCCACGGGAGGCACCCUUCGCUUCGAGGUCCAGUACGAUGGUCUGCCCCGACCGGAGAUCAAGUGGAUGCGCAAUGGCCGGGAGAUCGUGGAGAACGAGGAGAUCAUUGUGGAGACCACGGAGACGACCACCGUCAUCAGGGUGAUCAAUAUGACGCGCAAGCGAACGGGCAAAUACGAAGUUUGGGCCAAGAACAAGGUCGGGGAGGCCAAGUCGUCGGGUUCGGUGGUUGUGUCCGACUCGAAACCCGAUCAGCAGAUCCAGCCGCCACGUUUCGUGCAGCCCCUGGAGCCCAAGUACUUUGGGGAGCAUGAGGUGGCCAUUCUGGAGGCCGUCGUGGAGUCGGAGCCGCUGUCCUCCUUCCAAUGGUUCGUCCACAACGAGCCCAUCAAGAGCUCCAACGAGUGCCGCAUCGUUAGCCAGGCCAACAAGUCCACUCUGUUGAUUGAGGACUUCCAGCGGAAGUUCAUUGGACCCUUUACCUGUCGAGCGGAGAAUGUGGGUGGCUCGGUGACGUCCACGGCGACUGUCAAUCUUCUGGAGGCCCUGCCCCAGGAGGAGGCAGUGGAAUUUGAAUCGCCACGCUUCACCGAGGAGCUCGCGCAGCCCGUCGAGGUGAUGGACGGUGAGGCGUUGCUGCUGCAGUGCCGGGUGCGAGGGAAGCCCACACCCAAGGUGGAAUGGUAUCACAACGAGGAGAAGAUUGCCGAGACAAAGGAAACUACGAUAUCGCAGGACUUGCAAGGCAAUUGCCAGCUGCAGAUUACCGAAGUGUUCCCCGAGAACGAGGGCCAGUACAAGGCCGUGGCCAGCAAUAAGAUUGGCAAGACAGUGACCAAGACAAACGUUAAAAUUCAAGCAUUUGAAUAUAUCCCCGAUUCUGAAAUCACUGGACUCACAGGAUCUGAGGAGGAUCUACUUGAUAGAACCCUCUCAAUCGACGAACAAGCACCGAAAAUCAUUAAAAAACUACCUGAGAAAAUCGAACCCAAAGAGGGCGAACAGCCAAAGCUGGAGGUGAAGGUCAUUGGACGACCCAAGCCCAAGGUCAAAUGGCUGCGCGACGAUGAGCAAAUCUUUGCCUCCGAGGAAUAUCAAAUUGAGAAUUUCGACGACGGCACAUCGGUGCUGGUGAUCAAUAAUGUGUAUCCCGAUGAUUGGGGCACCAUUAGUUUUGAGGCGUACAAUCCAUUGGGCGUGGCAGUGACAACGGCUCUGUUUUCCGUCGAAGGCAUCGUUGGAUCCAAGGAUUAUCGCAAACCGGAAUGGGUCACACAGAUGGAGGAAAUGCAGGUGGCACUCAAAGAUACAAAACAAACCACAGACACACCACACACCACACCACAAAAAACACCCAAACACAAACAAGAAACUAAUGAAACCGCAAUCACGGAAACCCCCGAAACUCUGCAAGUCAUUGAGGAAAUUGCGGAAGACGGAAAAGUCAAGAAGAAGAAGAUCCGCACUCGGGUAAUCAAGAAGGUCAAGGGAGACAAACAGGAAGUCACCAAGAUCGAAACCGUCGAGGAGGAUGACAAGGUACCCGAGACUACAGUCACAGUCGAAGAGGUCCCCUACGAAGAAGAGAAGCCCGAGGAGAUCCAGGAGCUUCCAGAGGAGGUUCGCGUUGUAGAAUCUAUCUCUGAAGAUGGCAAACCCAAGAAGAAGAAGAUCCGCACUCGCGUAAUCAAGAAGGUCAAGGGCGACAAGCACGAAGUCACCAAGAUCGAAACCGUCGAGGAGGAUGACAAGCCUUCGGAGACUACAGUCACCGUCGAAGAGGUUCCCUACGAAGAAGAGAAGCCCGAGGAGAUCCAGGAGCUUCCAGAGGAGGUUCGCGUUGUAGAAUCUAUUUGUGAAGAUGGCAAGCCCAAGAAGAAGAAGAUCCGCACUCGCGUAAUCAAGAAGGUCAAGGGCGACAAGCAAGAAGUCACCAAGAUCGAAACCGUCGAAGAGGAUGACAAGGUACCCGAGACUACAGUCACCGUCGAAGAGGUCCCCUACGAAGAACAGAAACCCGAGGAGAUCCAGGAGCUUCCAGAGGAGGUUAGUGUGGUGGAAACCAUAUCCGAAGACGGCAAGCCCAAGAAGAAGAAGAUCCGUACUCGGGUAAUCAAGAAGGUCAAGGGCGACAAGCAAGAAGUCACCAAGAUCGAAACCGUCGAGGAGGAUGACAAGGUACCCGAGACUACAGUCACCGUUGAAGAGGUUCCUUACGAAGAAGAGAAGCCCGAGGAGAUUCAGGAGCUUCCAGAGGAGGUUCGCGUUGUCGAAACUAUUUCAGAAGACGGCAAGCCCAAGAAGAAGAAGAUCCGCACUCGGGUAAUCAAGAAGGUCAAGGGCGACAAACAAGAAGUCACCAAAAUCGAAACCGUCGAGGAGGAUGACAAGGUACCCGAGACUACAGUCACCGUUGAAGAGGUUCCUUACGAAGAAGAAAAACCCGAGCAGAUCCAGGAGCUUCCAGAGGAGGUUCGCGUUGUCGAAACUAUUUCAGAAGACGGCAAGCCCAAGAAGAAGAAGAUCCGCACUCGGGUAAUCAAGAAGGUCAAGGGCGACAAACAAGAAGUCACCAAAAUCGAAACCGUCGAGGAGGAUGACAAGGUACCCGAGACUACAGUCACCGUUGAAGAGGUUCCUUACGAAGAAGAGAAGCCCGAGGAGAUUCAGGAGCUUCCAGAGGAGGUUCGCGUUGUCGAAACUAUUUCAGAAGACGGCAAGCCCAAGAAGAAAAAGAUCCGUACUCGCGUUAUCAAGAAGGUCAAGGGAGACAAGCACGAAGUCACCAAGAUCGAAACCGUCGAGGAGGAUGACAAGGUACCCGAGACUACUGUCACCGUCGAAGAAGUCCCCUACGAAGAAGAGAAGCCCGAGGAGAUUCAGGAGCUUCCAGAGGAGGUUCGCGUUGUGGAAUCUAUCUCUGAAGAUGGCAAGCCCAAGAAGAAGAAGAUCCGCACUCGGGUAAUCAAGAAGGUCAAGGGCGACAAACAAGAAGUCACCAAGAUCGAAACCGUCGAGGAGGAUGACAAGCCUGCGGAGACUACAGUCUCCGUCGAAGAGGUUCCUUACGAAGAAGAGAAGCCCGAGGAGAUUCAGGAGCUUCCAGAGGAGGUUCGCGUUGUCGAAACUAUUUCAGAAGACGGCAAGCCCAAGAAGAAGAAGAUCCGUACUCGCGUUAUCAAGAAGGUCAAGGGAGACAAGCACGAAGUCACCAAGAUCGAAACCGUCGAGGAGGAUGACAAGGUACCCGAGACUACAGUCACCGUCGAAGAGGUCCCCUACGAAGAAGAGAAGCCCGAGGAUAUUCAGGAGCUUCCAGAGGAGGUUCGCGUUGUGGAAUCUAUCUCUGAAUACGGCAAGCCCAAGAAGAAGAAGAUCCGCACUCGGGUAAUCAAGAAGGUCAAGGGCGACAAGCAAGAAGUCACCAAGAUCGAAACCGUCGAGGAGGAUGACAAGCCUUCGGAGACUACGGUCACCGUUGAAGAGGUUCCUUACGAAGAAGAGAAGCCCGAGGAGAUUCAGGAGCUUCCAGAGGAGGUUCGCGUUGUGGACUCUAUUUCUGAAGAUGGCAAGCCCAAGAAGAAGAAGAUCCGCACUCGGGUAAUCAAGAAGGUCAAGGGCGACAAACAAGAAGUCACCAAGAUCGAAACCGUCGAGGAGGAUGACAAGCCCUCUGAGACUACAGUCACCGUCGAAGAGGUCCCCUACGAAGAAGAGAAACCCGAGGAGAUCCAGGAGCUUCCAGAGGAUGUUCGCGUUGUGGAAUCUAUUUCUGAAGAUGGCAAGCCCAAGAAGAAGAAGAUCCGCACUCGGGUAAUCAAGAAGGUCAAGGGCGACAAACAAGAAGUCACCAAGAUCGAAACCGUCGAGGAGGAUGACAAGCCUUCUGAGACUACAGUCACCGUCGAAGAGGUCCCCUACGAAGAACAGAAACCCGAGGAGAUCCAGGAGCUUCCAGAGGAGGUUCGCGUUGUGGAAUCUAUUUCUGAAGAUGGCAAGCCCAAGAAGAAGAAGAUCCGCACUCGGGUAAUCAAGAAGGUCAAGGGCGACAAACAAGAAGUCACCAAGAUCGAAACCGUCGAGGAGGAUGACAAGCCUUCUGAGACUACAGUCACCGUCGAAGAGGUCCCCUACGAAGAAGAGAAACCCGAGGAGAUCCAGGAGCUUCCAGAGGAGGUUCGCGUUGUAGAAUCUUUCUCUGAAGAUGGCAAGCCCAAGAAGAAGAAGAUCCGCACUCGGGUAAUCAAGAAGGUCAAGGGCGACAAGCAAGAAGUCACCAAGAUCGAAACCGUCGAGGAGGAUGACAAGCCUUCUGAGACUACAGUCACCGUCGAAGAGGUCCCCUACGAAGAAGAGAAACCCGAGGAGAUUCAGGAGCUUCCAGAGGAGGUUCGCGUUGUGGAAUCUAUCUCUGAAGACGGCAAGCCCAAGAAGAAGAAGAUCCGCACUCGGGUAAUCAAGAAGGUCAAGGGCGACAAGCAAGAAGUCACCAAGAUCGAAACCGUCGAGGAGGAUGACAAGGUACCCGAGACUACAGUCACCGUUGAAGAGGUCCCCUACGAAGGAGAGAAGCCCGAGGAGAUUCAGGAGCUUCCAGAGGAGGUUCGCGUUGUGGAAUCUAUUUCUGAAGAUGGCAAGCCCAAGAAGAAGAAGAUCCGCACUCGGGUAAUCAAGAAGGUCAAGGGCGACACACAAGAAGUCACCAAGAUCGAAACCGUCGAGGAGGAUGACAAGCCUUCGGAGACAACAGUCACCGUCGAAGAGGCUGCUUACGAAGAAGAGAAGCCCGAGGAGAUUCAGGAGCUUCCAGAGGAGGUUCGCGUUGUGGAAUCUAUUUCUGAAGAUGGCAAACCCAAGAAGAAGAAGAUCCGUACUCGCGUAAUCAAGAAGGUCAAGGGCGACAAACAAGAAGUCACCAAGAUCGAAACCGUCGAGGAGGAUGACAAGCCUUCUGAGACUACAGUCACCGUCGAACAGGUCCCCUACGAAGAAGAGAAACCCGAGGAGAUCCAGGAGCUUCCAGAGGAGGUUCGCAUUGUAGAAUCUUUCUCUGAAGAUGGCAAGCCCAAGAAGAAGAAGAUCCGCACUCGGGUAAUCAAGAAGGUCAAGGGAGACAAACAAGAAGUCACCAAGAUCGAAACCGUCGAGGAGGAUGACAAGCCUUCUGAGACUACAGUCACCGUUGAAGAGGUCCCCUACGAAAAAGAGAAGCCCGAGGAGAUUCAGGAGCUUCCAGAGGAGGUUCGCGUUGUAGAAUCUAUCUCUGAAGAUGGCAAGCCCAAGAAGAAGAAGAUCCGCACUCGCGUUAUCAAAAAGGUCAAGGGAGACAAACAAGAAGUCACCAAGAUCGAAACCGUCGAAGAGGAUGACAAGGUACCCGAGACUACAGUCACCGUUGAAGAAGUCCCCUACAAAGAAGAGAAGCCCGAGGAGAUUCAGGAGCUUCCAGAGGAGGUUCGCGUUGUAGAAUCUAUCUCUGAAGAUGGCAAGCCCAAGAAGAAGAAGAUCCGUACUCGCGUAAUCAAGAAGGUCAAGGGCGACAAGCACGAAGUCACCAAGAUCGAAACCGUCGAGGAGGAUGACAAGCCUUCGGAGACUACCGUCACCGUCGAAGAGGUCCCCUACGAAGAAGAGAAGCCCGAGGAGAUCCAGGAGCUUCCAGAGGAGGUUCGUGUGGUGGAAACCAUUUCCGAAGACGGCAAGCCCAAGAAGAAGAAGAUCCGCACUCGGGUAAUCAAGAAGGUCAAGGGCGACAAGCAAGAAGUCACCAAGAUCGAAACCGUCGAGGAGGAUGACAAGGUACCCGAGACUACAGUCACCGUCGAAGAGGUCCCCUACGAAGAAGAGAAGCCCGAGGAGAUCCAGGAGCUUCCAGAGGAGGUUCGCGUUGUAGAAUCUUUCUCUGAAGAUGGCAAGCCCAAGAAGAAGAAGAUCCGCACUAGGGUAAUCAAGAAGGUCAAGGGCGACAAACAAGAAGUCACCAAGAUCGAAACCGUCGAGGAGGAUGACAAGCCUUCGGAGACUACAGUCACCGUCGAAGAGGCUCCUUACGAAGAAGAGAAGCCCGAGGAGAUUCAGGAGCUUCCAGAGGAGGUUCGCGUUGUGGAGUCUAUUUCUGAAGAUGGCAAGCCCAAGAAGAAGAAGAUCCGCACUCGGGUAAUCAAGAAGGUCAAGGGCGACAAACAAGAAGUCACCAAGAUCGAAACCGUCGAGGAGGACGACAAGCCUUCUGAGACUACAGUCACCGUUGAAGAGGUCCCCUACGAAGAAGAGAAGCCCGAGGAGAUUCAGGAGCUUCCAGAGGAGGUUCGCGUUGUAGAAUCUUUCUCUGAAGAUGGCAAGCCCAAGAAGAAGAAGAUCCGUACUCGCGUAAUCAAGAAGGUCAAGGGCGACAAGCAAGAAGUCACCAAGAUCGAAACCGUCGAGGAGGAUAACAAGCCUGCGGAGACUACAGUCUCCGUCGAAGAGGUCCCCUACGAAGAAGAGAAGCCCGAGGAGAUCCAGGAGCUUCCAGAGGAGGUUCGUGUGGUGGAAACCAUUUCCGAAGACGGCAAGCCCAAGAAGAAGAAGAUCCGCACUCGGGUAAUCAAGAAGGUCAAGGGCGACAAGCAAGAAGUCACCAAGAUCGAAACCGUCGAGGAGGAUGACAAGCCUUCUGAGACUACAGUCACCGUUGAAGAGGUCCCCUACGAAAAAGAGAAGCCCGAGGAGAUUCAGGAGCUUCCAGAGGAGGUUCGCGUUGUAGAAUCUAUCUCUGAAGAUGGCAAACCCAAGAAGAAGAAGAUCCGCACUCGCGUAAUCAAGAAGGUCAAGGGCGACAAGCACGAAGUCACCAAGAUCGAAACCGUCGAGGAGGAUGACAAGCCUUCGGAGACUACCGUCACCGUCGAAGAGGUCCCCUACGAAGAAGAGAAGCCCGAGGAGAUCCAGGAGCUUCCAGAGGAGGUUCGUGUGGUGGAAACCAUUUCCGAAGACGGCAAGCCCAAGAAGAAGAAGAUCCGCACUCGGGUAAUCAAGAAGGUCAAGGGCGACAAGCAAGAAGUCACCAAGAUCGAAACCGUCGAGGAGGAUGACAAGCCUUCGGAGACUACUGUCACCGUCGAAGAGGUCCCCUACGAAGAAGAGAAGCCCGAGGAGAUCCAAGAGCUUCCAGAGGAGGUUCGCGUUGUGGAAUCUAUUUCUGAAGAUGGCAAUCCCAAGAAGAAGAAGAUCCGCACUCGGGUAAUCAAGAAGGUCAAGGGCGACAAGCAAGAAGUCACCAAGAUCGAAACCGUCGAGGAGGAUGACAAGGUACCCGAGACUACAGUCACCGUCGAAGAGGUCCCCUACGAAGAAGAGAAGCCCGAGGAGAUCCAGGAGCUUCCAGAGGAGGUUCGCGUUGUAGAAUCUAUCUCUGAAGAUGGCAAACCCAAGAAGAAGAAGAUCCGCACUCGCGUAAUCAAGAAGGUCAAGGGCGACAAGCACGAAGUCACCAAGAUCGAAACCGUCGAGGAGGAUGACAAGCCUUCGGAGACUACAGUCACCGUCGAAGAGGUUCCCUACGAAGAAGAGAAGCCCGAGGAGAUCCAGGAGCUUCCAGAGGAGGUUCGCGUUGUAGAAUCUAUUUGUGAAGAUGGCAAACCCAAGAAGAAGAAGAUCCGUACUCGCGUUAUCAAGAAGGUCAAGGGCGACAAGCAAGAAGUCACUAAGAUCGAAACCGUCGAGGAGGAUGACAAGCCUUCUGAGACUACUGUCACCGUUGAAGAGGUUCCUUACGAAGAAGAGAAGCCCGAGGAGAUCCAAGAGCUUCCAGAGGAGGUUCGCGUUGUGGAAUCUAUUUCUGAAGAUGGCAAGCCCAAGAAGAAGAAGAUCCGCACUCGGGUAAUCAAGAAGGUCAAGGGCGACAAGCAAGAAGUCACCAAGAUCGAAACCGUCGAGGAGGAUGACAAGCCUUCGGAGACUACUGUCACCGUCGAAGAGGUCCCCUACGAAGAAGAGAAGCCCGAGGAGAUCCAGGAGCUUCCAGAGGAGGUUCGUGUGGUGGAAACCAUUUCCGAAGACGGCAAGCCCAAGAAGAAGAAGAUCCGCACUCGGGUAAUCAAGAAGGUCAAGGGCGACAAGCAAGAAGUCACCAAGAUCGAAACCGUCGAGGAGGAUGACAAGGUACCCGAGACUACAGUCACCGUCGAAGAGGUCCCCUACGAAGAAGAGAAGCCCGAGGAGAUCCAGGAGCUUCCAGAGGAGGUUCGCGUUGUAGAAUCUAUCUCUGAAGAUGGCAAACCCAAGAAGAAGAAGAUCCGCACUCGCGUAAUCAAGAAGGUCAAGGGCGACAAGCACGAAGUCACUAAGAUCGAAACCGUCGAGGAGGAUGACAAGCCUUCUGAGACUACUGUCACCGUUGAAGAGGUUCCUUACGAAGAAGAGAAGCCCGAGGAGAUCCAAGAGCUUCCAGAGGAGGUUUGCGUUGUGGAAUCUAUCUCUGAAGAUGGCAAACCCAAGAAGAAGAAGAUCCGCACUCGCGUAAUCAAGAAGGUCAAGGGCGACAAGCACGAAGUCACCAAGAUCGAAACCGUCGAGGAGGAUGACAAGCCCUCUGAGACUACUGUCACCGUUGAAGAGGUUCCUUACGAAGAAGAGAAGCCCGAGGAGAUCCAAGAGCUUCCAGAGGAGGUUCGCGUUGUGGAAUCUAUCUCUGAAGAUGGCAAACCCAAGAAGAAGAAGAUCCGUACUCGCGUAAUCAAGAAGGUCAAGGGCGACAAACAAGAAGUCACUAAGAUCGAAACCGUCGAGGAGGAUGACAAGCCGUCGGAGACUACAGUCACCGUCGAAGAGGUUCCCUACGAAGAAGAGAAGCCCGAGGAGAUCCAGGAGCUGCCAGAGGAGGUUCGCGUUGUAGAAUCUAUCUCUGAAGAUGGCAAACCCAAGAAGAAGAAGAUCCGUACUCGCGUAAUCAAGAAGGUCAAGGGCGACAAACAAGAAGUCACUAAGAUCGAAACCGUCGAGGAGGAUGACAAGCCGUCGGAGACUACAGUCACCGUCGAAGAGGUUCCCUACGAAGAAGAGAAGCCCGAGGAGAUCCAGGAGCUGCCAGAGGAGGUUCGCGUUGUAGAAUCUAUCUCUGAAGAUGGCAAACCCAAGAAGAAGAAGAUCCGUACUCGCGUAAUCAAGAAGGUCAAGGGCGACAAACAAGAAGUCACUAAGAUCGAAACCGUCGAGGAGGAUGACAAGCCGUCGGAGACUACAGUCACCGUCGAAGAGGUUCCCUACGAAGAAGAGAAGCCCGAGGAGAUCCAGGAGCUGCCAGAGGAGGUUCGCGUUGUAGAAUCUAUCUCUGAAGAUGGCAAACCCAAGAAGAAGAAGAUCCGUACUCGCGUAAUCAAGAAGGUCAAGGGCGACAAACAAGAAGUCACUAAGAUCGAAACCGUCGAGGAGGAUGACAAGCCGUCGGAGACUACAGUCACCGUCGAAGAGCUUCCCUACGAAGAAGAGAAGCCCGAGGAGAUCCAGGAGCUUCCAGAGGAGGUUCGCGUUGUCGAAACUAUUUCAGAAGACGGCAAACCCAAGAAGAAGAAUAUCCGCACUCGCGUAAUCAAGAAGGUCAAGGGAGACAAGCAAGAAGUUACCAAGAUCGAAACCGUUGAGGAGGAUGACAAGCCUUCUGAGACUACUGUCACCGUUGAAGAGGUUCCUUACGAAGAAGAGAAACCCGAGGAGAUCCAGGAGCUGCCAGAGGAGGUUCGCGUUGUGGAAUCUAUCUCUGAAGAUGGCAAGCCCAAGAAGAAGAAGAUCCGCACUCGCGUAAUCAAGAAGGUCAAGGGAAACCAACAAGAAGUCACCAAGAUCGAAACCGUCGAGGAGGAUGACAAGCCUUCGGAGACUACAGUCACCGUCGAAGAGGUUCCCUACGAAGAAGAGAAGCCCGAGGAGAUCCAGGAGCUUCCAGAGGAGGUUCGCGUUGUGGAAUCUAUCUCUGAAGAUGGCAAACCCAAGAAGAAGAAGAUCCGUACUCGCGUUAUCAAGAAGGUCAAAGGAGACAAGCAAGAAGUCACCAAGAUCGAAACCGUCGAGGAGGAUGACAAGCCUUCGGAGACUACAGUCACCGUCGAAGAGGUCCCCUACGAAGAAGAGAAACCCGAGGAGAUCCAGGAGCUUCCAGAGGAGGUUCGUGUGGUGGAAACCAUUUCCGAAGACGGCAAGCCCAAGAAGAAGAAGAUCCGCACUCGCGUUAUCAAGAAGGUCAAGGGAGACAAGCAAGAAGUCACCAAGAUCGAAACCGUCGAGGAGGAUGACAAGCCUUCGGAGACUACAGUCACCGUCGAAGAGGUCCCCUACGAAGAAGAGAAACCCGAGGAGAUCCAGGAGCUUCCAGAGGAGGUUCGUGUGGUGGAAACCAUUUCCGAAGACGGCAAGCCCAAGAAGAAGAAGAUCCGCACUCGCGUUAUCAAGAAGGUCAAGGGAGACAAACAGGAAGUCACCAAGAUCGAAACCGUCGAGGAGGAUGACAAGCCUUCUGAGACUACUGUCACCGUUGAAGAGGUCCCCUACGAAGAAGAGAAACCCGAGGACAUCCAGGAGCUUCCAGAGGAGGUUCGUGUGGUGGAAACCAUUUCCGAAGACGGCAAGCCCAAGAAGAAGAAGAUCCGCACUCGCGUUAUCAAGAAGGUCAAGGGAGACAAGCAAGAAGUCACCAAGAUCGAAACCUUCGAGGAGGAUGACAAGGUACCCGAGACAACAGUCACCAUUGAAGAGGUCCCCUACGAAGAAGAGAAGCCCGAAGAGAUCCAGGAGCUUCCAGAGGAGGUUCGCGUUGUAGAAUCUAUCUCUGAAGAUGGCAAACCCAAGAAGAAGAAGAUCCGUACUCGCGUAAUCAAGAAGGUCAAGGGAGACAAACAAGAAGUCACCAAGAUCGAAACCGUCGAGGAGGAUGACAAGCCUUCUGAGACUACUGUCACCGUUGAAGAGGUCCCCUACGAAGAAGAGAAGCCCGAGGAGAUCCAGGAGCUUCCAGAGGAGGUUCGCGUUGUAGAAUCUAUCUCUGAAGAUGGCAAACCCAAGAAGAAGAAGAUCCGUACUCGCGUAAUCAAGAAGGUCAAGGGAGACAAACAAGAAGUCACCAAGAUCGAAACCGUCGAGGAGGAUGACAAGCCUUCUGAGACUACUGUCACCGUUGAAGAGGUCCCCUACGAAGAAGAGAAGCCCGAGGAGAUCCAGGAGCUUCCAGAGGAGGUUCGCGUUGUAGAAUCUAUCUCUGAAGAUGGCAAACCCAAGAAGAAGAAGAUCCGCACUCGCGUUAUCAAGAAGGUCAAGGGAGACAAGCAAGAAGUCACCAAGAUCGAAACCGUCGAGGAGGAUGACAAGGUACCCGAGACAACAGUCACCAUUGAAGAGGUCCCCUACGAAGAAGAGAAGCCCGAAGAGAUCCAGGAGCUUCCAGAGGAGGUUCGUGUGGUGGAAACCAUUUCGGAAGACGGCAAGCCCAAGAAGAAGAAGAUCCGCACUCGCGUUAUCAAGAAGGUCAAGGGAGACAAGCAAGAAGUCACCAAGAUCGAAACCGUCGAGGAGGAUGACAAGCCUUCGGAGACUACAGUCACCGUCGAAGAGGUUCCCUACGAAGAAGAGAAGCCCGAGGAGAUCCAGGAGCUGCCAGAGGAGGUUCGCGUUGUAGAAUCUAUCUCUGAAGAUGGCAAACCCAAGAAGAAGAAGAUCCGUACUCGCGUAAUCAAGAAGGUCAAGGGAGACAAACAAGAAGUCACCAAGAUCGAAACCGUCGAGGAGGAUGACAAGCCUUCGGAGACCACAGUCUCCGUCGAAGAGGUCCCCUACGAAGAAGAGAAGCCCGAGGAGAUCCAGGAGCUUCCAGAGGAGGUUCGCGUUGUAGAAUCUAUCUCUGAAGAUGGCAAACCCAAGAAGAAGAAGAUCCGCACUCGCGUUAUCAAGAAGGUCAAGGGAGACAAGCAAGAAGUCACCAAGAUCGAAACCGUCGAGGAGGAUGACAAGGUACCCGAGACAACAGUCACCAUUGAAGAGGUCCCCUACGAAGAAGAGAAGCCCGAAGAGAUCCAGGAGCUUCCAGAGGAGGUUCGUGUGGUGGAAACCAUUUCGGAAGACGGCAAGCCCAAGAAGAAGAAGAUCCGCACUCGCGUUAUCAAGAAGGUCAAGGGAGACAAGCAAGAAGUCACCAAGAUCGAAACCGUCGAGGAGGAUGACAAGGUACCCGAGACAACAGUCACCAUUGAAGAGGUCCCCUACGAAGAAGAGAAGCCCGAGGAGAUCCAGGAGCUUCCAGAGGAGGUUCGUGUGGUGGAAACAGUUUCCGAAGACGGCAAGCCUAAGAAGAAGAAGAUUCGUACUCGCGUUAUCAAGAAGGUCAAGGGAGACAAGCAAGAAGUCACCAAGAUCGAAACCGUCGAGGAGGAUGACAAGCCUUCGGAGACUACCGUUACCGUCGAAGAGGUCCCCUACGAAGAAGAGAAGCCCGAGGAGAUCCAGGAGCUUCCAGAGGAGGUUCGUGUGGUGGAAACCAUUUCCGAAGACGGCAAGCCUAAGAAGAAGAAGAUUCGUACUCGCGUUAUCAAGAAGGUCAAGGGAGACAAGCAAGAAGUCACCAAGAUCGAAACCGUCGAGGAGGAUGACAAGCCUUCGGAGACUACAGUCACCGUCGAAGAGGUCCCCUACGAAGAAGAGAAACCCGAGGAGAUCCAGGAGCUUCCAGAGGAGGUUCGUGUGGUGGAAACCAUUUCCGAAGACGGCAAGCCCAAGAAGAAGAAGAUCCGCACUCGCGUUAUCAAGAAGGUCAAGGGAGACAAGCAAGAAGUCACCAAGAUCGAAACCGUCGAGGAGGAUGACAAGGUACCCGAGACUACAGUCACCGUCGAAGAGGUCCCCUACGAAGAAGAGAAGCCCGAGGAGAUCCAGGAGCUUCCAGAGGAAGUUCGUGUGGUGGAAACCAUUUCCGAAGACGGCAAGCCCAAAAAGAAGAAGAUCCGCACUCGCGUUAUCAAGAAGGUCAAGGGAGACAAGCAAGAAGUCACCAAGAUCGAAACCGUCGAGGAGGAUGACAAGGUACCCCAGACUACAGUCACCGUCGAAGAGGUCCCCUACGAAGAAGAGAAGCCCGAGGAGAUCCAGGAGCUUCCAGAGGAAGUUCGUGUGGUGGAAACCAUUUCCGAAGACGGCAAGCCCAAGAAGAAGAAGAUCCGCACUCGCGUUAUCAAGAAGGUCAAGGGAGACAAGCAAGAAGUCACCAAGAUCGAAACCGUCGAGGAGGAUGACAAGCCUUCGGAGACUACCGUCACCGUCGAAGAGGUCCCCUACGAAGAAGAGAAGCCCGAGGAGAUCCAGGAGCUUCCAGAGGAGGUUCGUGUGGUGGAAACAGUUUCCGAAGACGGCAAGCCUAAGAAGAAGAAGAUUCGUACUCGCGUUAUCAAGAAGGUCAAGGGAGACAAGCAAGAAGUCACCAAGAUCCUAACCGUCGAGGAGGAUGACAAGCCUUCUGAGACUACUGUCACCGUCGAAGAGGUCCCCUACGAAGAAGAGAAACCCGAGGAGUUCCAGGAGCUUCCAGAGGAGAUUCGUGUGGUGGAAACCAUUUCCGAAGAUGGCAAGCCCAAGAAGAAGAAGAUCCGAACUCGCGUUAUCAAGAAGGUCAAGGGAGACAAGCAAGAAGUCACCAAGAUCGAAACCGUCGAGGAGGAUGACAAGGUACCCGAGACUACAGUCACCGUCGAAGAGGUCCCCUACGAAGAAGAGAAGCCCGAGGAGAUCCAGGAGCUUCCAGAGGAAGUUCGUGUGGUGGAAACCAUUUCCGAAGACGGCAAGCCCAAAAAGAAGAAGAUCCGCACUCGCGUUAUCAAGAAGGUCAAGGGAGACAAGCAAGAAGUCACCAAGAUCGAAACCGUCGAGGAGGAUGACAAGGUACCCCAGACUACAGUCACCGUCGAAGAGGUCCCCUACGAAGAAGAGAAGCCCGAGGAGAUCCAGGAGCUUCCAGAGGAAGUUCGUGUGGUGGAAACCAUUUCCGAAGACGGCAAGCCCAAGAAGAAGAAGAUCCGCACUCGCGUUAUCAAGAAGGUCAAGGGAGACAAGCAAGAAGUCACCAAGAUCGAAACCGUCGAGGAGGAUGACAAGCCUUCGGAGACUACCGUCACCGUCGAAGAGGUCCCUUACGAAGAAGAGAAGCCCGAGGAGAUCCAGGAGCUUCCAGAGGAGGUUCGUGUGGUGGAAACCAUUUCCGAAGACGGCAAGCCCAAGAAGAAGAAGAUCCGCACUCGCGUUAUCAAGAAGGUCAAGGGAGACAAGCAAGAAGUCACCAAGAUCGAAACCGUCGAGGAGGAUGACAAGCCUUCGGAGACUACCGUCACCGUCGAAGAGGUCCCUUACGAAGAAGAGAAACCCGAGGAGAUCCAGGAGCUUCCAGAGGAGGUUCGUGUGGUGGAAACCAUUUCCGAAGACGGCAAGCCCAAGAAGAAGAAGAUCCGCACUCGCGUUAUCAAGAAGGUCAAGGGAGACAAGCAAGAAGUCACCAAGAUCGAAACCGUCGAGGAGGAUGACAAGCCUUCGGAGACCACAGUCUCCGUCGAAGAGGUCCCCUACGAAGAAGAGAAGCCCGAGGAGAUCCAGGAGCUUCCAGAGGAGGUUCGCGUUGUAGAAUCUAUCUCUGAAGAUGGCAAACCCAAGAAGAAGAAGAUCCGCACUCGCGUAAUAAAGAAGGUCAAGGGCGACAAACAAGAAGUCACCAAGAUCGAAACCGUCGAGGAGGAUGACAAGCCUUCUGAGACUACAGUCACCGUUGAAGAGGUCCCCUACGAAGAAGAGAAACCCGAGGAGAUCCAGGAGCUUCCAGAGGAGGUUCGUGUGGUGGAAACCAUUUCCGAAGACGGCAAGCCCAAGAAGAAGAAGAUCCGCACUCGCGUUAUCAAGAAGGUCAAGGGAGACAAGCAAGAAGUCACCAAGAUCGAAACCGUCGAGGAGGAUGACAAGCCUUGUGAGACUACUGUCACCGUUGAAGAGGUCGCUUACGAAGAAGAGAAACCCGAGGAGAUCCAGGAGCUUCCAGAGGAGGUUCGUGUGGUGGAAACCAUUUCCGAAGACGGCAAGCCCAAGAAGAAGAAGAUCCGCACUCGCGUUAUCAAGAAGGUCAAGGGAGACAAGCAAGAAGUCACCAAGAUCGAAACCGUCGAGGAGGAUGACAAGCCUUCGGAGACUACCGUCACCGUCGAAGAGGUCCCUUACGAAGAAGAGAAGCCCGAGGAGAUCCAGGAGCUUCCAGAGGAGGUUCGUGUGGUGGAAACCAUUUCCGAAGACGGCAAGCCCAAGAAGAAGAAGAUCCGCACUCGCGUUAUCAAGAAGGUCAAGGGAGACAAGCAAGAAGUCACCAAGAUCGAAACCGUCGAGGAGGAUGACAAGCCUUCGGAGACUACAGUCACCGUCGAAGAGGUCCCCUACGAAGAAGAGAAACCCGAGGAGAUCCAGGAGCUUCCAGAGGAGGUUCGUGUGGUGGAAACCAUUUCCGAAGACGGCAAGCCCAAGAAGAAGAAGAUCCGCACUCGCGUUAUCAAGAAGGUCAAGGGAGACAAGCAAGAAGUCACCAAGAUCGAAACCGUCGAGGAGGAUGACAAGCCUUCGGAGACUACCGUCACCGUCGAAGAGGUCCCUUACGAAGAAGAGAAGCCCGAGGAGAUCCAGGAGCUUCCAGAGGAGGUUCGUGUGGUGGAAACCAUUUCCGAAGACGGCAAGCCCAAGAAGAAGAAGAUCCGCACUCGCGUUAUCAAGAAGGUCAAGGGAGACAAGCAAGAAGUCACCAAGAUCGAAACCGUCGAGGAGGAUGACAAGCCUUUGGAGACUACCGUCACCGUCGAAGAGGUCCCUUACGAAGAAGAGAAACCCGAGGAGAUCCAGGAGCUUCCAGAGGAGGUUCGUGUGGUGGAAACCAUUUCCGAAGACGGCAAGCCCAAGAAGAAGAAGAUCCGCACUCGCGUUAUCAAGAAGGUCAAGGGAGACAAGCAAGAAGUCACCAAGAUCGAAACCGUCGAGGAGGAUGACAAGCCUUCGGAGACUACCGUCACCGUCGAAGAGGUCCCUUACGAAGAAGAGAAGCCCGAGGAGAUCCAGGAGCUUCCAGAGGAGGUUCGUGUGGUGGAAACCAUUUCCGAAGACGGCAAGCCCAAGAAGAAGAAGAUCCGCACUCGCGUUAUCAAGAAGGUCAAGGGAGACAAGCAAGAAGUCACCAAGAUCGAAACCGUCGAGGAGGAUGACAAGCCUUCGGAGACUACCGUCACCGUCGAAGAGGUCCCUUACGAAGAAGAGAAACCCGAGGAGAUCCAGGAGCUUCCAGAGGAGGUUCGUGUGGUGGAAACCAUUUCCGAAGACGGCAAGCCCAAGAAGAAGAAGAUCCGCACUCGCGUUAUCAAGAAGGUCAAGGGAGACAAGCAAGAAGUCACCAAGAUCGAAACCGUCGAGGAGGAUGACAAGCCUUCGGAGACUACCGUCACCGUCGAGGAGGUUCCUUACGAAGAGGAGAAACCCGAUGAGGUGGAAGAGCUUCCAGAAGAGGUUCGCGUGGUGGAAUCUUUCUCUGAAGACGGCAAACCGAAGACGAAGAAGAUACGCACUCGCGUAAUUAAGAAGGUCAAGGGUGAUAAGCAAGAGGUCACCAAGAUCGAAACCGUCGAAGAGGAUAACAAGAAGCCAGAGACAACAGUCACGGUGGAAGAAACUGAUCUGAAGACUCCAUUUGGUGGCAAAGUGAAGCUUAAGAAGAGAGUUAUUGUGCAAAAGCCUGAAGAUGAGGAGACUGUGGUCGAGUUGCCUGAGAGAAAGUCUGUUAUUCUUUCAGAGAAGGAAGAUGGUACUCCCACAAAGACUGUUGUCAAGACACGAAUUAUCAAAAAGAUCAAGGGCUCCAACAUGGAGGUAACUAAGAUUCAAACUGUCGAGGAAUACGAAAAGGAGCCAAAGACAAAGGUGACAGUAGAGAACUUUGAAUUGCCCUUCCCUGAACUGCCAGAGGAAAAGAUCUCUGAGGUAGUGGUACUACCCGAUGAGGUCCUGGAGUCGGAAACAGUAGACGAAGAAGGUGCGCCAAAGAUUGUGAAAACAAAGAAACGUGUGAUUAAAAAGCCGACGAGUGACAAGAUGGAAGAGGUUACUCAAAUUGAUAUCAUUGAACAAGAUGAUGCAGAGCCCAUCUAUUCGAUAUCAGUGACAGAACAGCCUCUAACCGAAUCGAAACCGGAAGACAAUAAGUCCUUGGAGCUGCCGGAGCAAGUGGCAGAGCUGGAAUACACUUCUCCAGAUGGUACCAAAAAGAAGAAGACAGUCAAGUCCAGGGCUUUCAAAAAGAACCUCGACGAUAAACUCGACGAAGUGACAACGGUUCAGACAGUCGUCGAAGACGACAAGGAACCCCUGACAACAGUGCAAGUGGAGGUUGUGCCUGCUGAUGAUUUCGCCCCCAUACCGAUUGAAGAGUUGCCGGAGGAGACAACAUUCACCGAGGAGCUGGACAGCAAUAAGAAGCCAAAGAAGAAGACGACGAAGACGCGUACCUUCAAGAAACAGGGACCAGAGGAAGAGGAUCUGGAAUAUUUCCAGAUACAAACAAUCGAGGAAGAGGGCAAAGAGCCCUAUUCCUUGAUACGGGUUGUAAGCGAUGAAAAUCUCUCUGAUAUCGCCGACAUAAUCGAUAUUAGUAAAUGCGACGAUGAAAAGGUUUCACCCACCAACAAACACAAACAAAAGCCACACAAAAAACCCAAGGUGGAGAAACAAGCAAAGCCCGAAAACACAACAACCGAAUACAUAACGACAUUCAAAUCUGUACAAAACGAAGAUGGAGAGACCACAAUAGAAACCGAACAGAAACGAAUCUCUCAGGAGCAGCAAGGCAUCGUUGUUGAGGAGGUACUCAGUGAUACCGAACCCAUUCCAGAAGACACUACAACACCACAAUCAACACCACACCUUGAAAUUGUUGAAGUCAGCGAGCCAACAGACCAACAGAACAACAAAGAGUACACUAUCACAGAACCCGAAGAUGUUGUAAGUGCAGGAGACGACAAGAAGGAACCCAAACAGAAACAGAAACAGAAAAAGAAACCAUCUACCAAGGCUCCCAUUGAGGGGGAGACAAUUGUUGAGGAGGAACAGGAGCAGGAGGAGUCUCCUACUUGGGAGACACUGACUGAGGAGGGUCCCACAGGGGAGACGGCACUGACAGAGGAGGGUCCUGGGGAAAAGACAGGGGUUAAGAAACGCAAACCAAAGAAAUUAGUGGUCAUAGAAGAGGGUAAGGUUGAGGAGAGUCCUACUGCUACUGGUGAGAAGAAAGACAAGCCCAAGAAAAAGAAGGUCGUUAAAUCGAAACGGGAUGAAUUGGAUGAGUACAUACAGUUCCUCAUCCAUCAGGAGAUACCCAAGACAGUCAUUCAGGGAUAUCAGCGCACGGAAAUGGAGCUCCCGCAAAGGGCUCGUCGUGAUUCGUCCUUCAAGCAGCCCCAACCAAUGAAGCUGACUCCCAUGAAAAUCGAGAAAAUGGAAUUUAAACGACCCAAAAUGUUGGAAAUCACCUCGGUGGCCGAAUUCCCACAAAUGCUGAAGCUGAAAACGCCCAAGCAACGCCCGGAGGUGGAGAAAAAGAAGAAGGCCGAAGCUUCCUUCAAGAACAAGAAACUCAAGAGUUGGAUACGGUUCAUACCGUACUCUCCGUACUGCUUCCCGUAUGUCCUGACCGAGUUGGAUACCCAUCGGGAGAGUGGAGAACUCUCGCGCAAUGUCGAAGAGGCCGAAGAGGUCCUGCGGCUGCGCCCCAAGAAGUUCAAACACCGCAAGCCCUCAAAGGCAGAGCUAGAGCAGCCCGAUCUCGAGACCUUUGACUCUGAGGAGAGCCAACCUUCGGAUGAGGAGCAACCUAAGCCCAAGUACAAGCGUGGAAAGAAGAAAACGGAGGAAAUUCCUGAGGAUAUUCGAAAGCUAAAACUUGGCAAGGGCAAGAUUCCACAGAAUGUCGAAACCUUGGAAGAGGUUCACUUGAAACCCGUAAAAAUCGAAGGCAAAGAAGAGGAUAUCGAAGAGAAACCUCAAAAGGUGGUCGAAGAGGAGGCUCCAAAGAAAAAGAAGUCCAAAAAGUCCGAGAAACCACAGGACACAAUCCACUUUGAGCCCUUGGAGCUGACAGAUUUCGAAAGAACUUCGGAACAACCUGAAGAAUCGGAUACAUCUAUCGUUGAAGACACUGAAACACUCGAAAAACCCAAGCACAAGCGAAAGAAGAAGGUUACACCUUCACCCGAUACAAUUCAGCACAAAAUCACUCCAGGAAAGCCAAAGGACGUUGAAGAAACUCCCGAGGAUGACCUAAAGCUGCGCUACCGUCAAGGCGAACGACCAGAGGAUGUCCAGGAAGAAGUGAAACUUAAGCCUUUCUUCAAAUAUGAAGUUGUGGAACUACAACCAGAAGUCACACCCGAGGAAACAGCGGAAUCGCCGAGGAAACCCAUCAAAGAACCCAAGAAAAAGCGCAAGAUUAAGGUGAAAACUGAUCUUGAGGAAAACACCAUUGAAAUAGUGGAAGUUUCACCAAAAGAUACUGAUGAAAAGAUCUAUGAAAUUACCAUCACAAGUUCGGAAACAGAUCAGGUUGAUAGAAAACCCAAGAAAACACUCAAAAAGAAGGUCAAACGCAUGAACCAAGAGGAACUUGAGGAAUUUGUGGCCGAAAUAAAGGAAGAACCUGAACAAAAGUUCUAUGAAACUCGUACAGAAGACUUCUUUGAGGUAAAACUCACGGAACUACAGCCUGAGGCUCCUUCUGAGGAGCAACCCAAGAAGCGCAGAAUCCUCCAUGAAAAGGGUAAUGAAACAGAGAUCCUUGAAAUCGUUGAAACGUUGCCUUCUGAAGGUGAAGAGCCGCUCUAUGAAGUAACAAUAACCUCUAGCGAAGCAAAGGAGGAGGAGAAGGUUAUUCCUUCAAGAGAAAAGCCCAAGAAGAAAACCAAGAAAAUGACAAAGGAUGAACUCGAUGCCUACAUUCAGCAAUUGAUCAACGCAGAGAUUCCCUUGACAGAGUUGGAGAAAUACGAGAAAAUCGAUGUGGAUGGCAAGCCAAAGAAGGCCAAGAAACAGAAACCAAAGCCUCAGGAACCCGUCUUCCCAGAGGGUGAAACGCUUCAGAUCGGUGUCACGGAACACGAGCCUAAGGAAAAGCCAAAGGCCAAGAAACCCAAGGCCAAGAAAGUCAUCAAGGAAGAGGAAACCCUUGAAACGGAGAUAAUUCCGGUCUACGAUGAGUUCUUGAUCAAGAAGAUCGAUUCGGAGCGGGCUCCACAGGAGGAGAUCGAAGAGCCAGAAGAGGAAAUCGUCCCGGAAUUGGAUGAAAUAAUUGCUGAUCUACAGGAAACCCUACCCAUAGUUGUCCUCGAGGAGGUAGUGGACACUGUGCCACUAGUCAUUGAAGAACUCGACAUCCAGGAAGAGAAAAUCACUAAAAAGCGAAAGGUCAAGACCAGGAAGGGUUCCAAAGUGUACGAGAUUGAAAUCAUUGAAACCGAGGCUCCCGAGGAUAUCCCCGAAGAGGCGAAGGUCAUCGUGAUAACCACAGAAACAACAGAAGAUAGGACGGAUGCUCCAGAGGAAGAUAAGCCGGAGGCACCCAAGAAAACAGUGAAAAAGGUGAAGAAGGAAAAACUAAAGGAAUACAUCGUCAAGGUUGUGGAAGAGGCGCCUACAGAGCUGAUUGCGGAGAUAUCCGAAGAUUAUACACCGGUUCCAGAGCGCGAGAAAUCGCCAGAAGAGGACAUUACCUCCUUUACCACGACUGUUGUUGAAGAGGAAGCCCUGCAAGAGGUUUCCCCAGAAGAGGAGAAACCAGAAGAAGUUCGAAGCCUUCCCAAGGAUAAGAAAAAGAAAUCUGAAAAGCAGAAAAAGGUGAAAAUAACAGAAACGGAACCUGAAAGAACCCCAGAGGCAUUAACCAUCACAGAAGAUACUGUAUCUGUAACUGAAUCAGAGGAAGCACCCCAAGCCGAAUCAUAUUCUGUGGAAGUUAGGGACUCAACACCCAAGAAAAUCAAGAAACCCGCCAAGAAACCAAAGGAAGAAGCCCCUAAGGAGCCCAUAUCUGAAUUUACAAUUCGGGUGGAAGAACUAGCACCCGAAACAAUCAUCGAAGAAACAGUCAAUGAGGAGGGACAGACAGUGGAACGUGUGAUCACCAAACGUAAGCUCAAAAAGAAGGCUGGACCCAAGGAAUACCUCAUUGAAGUGAUUGAAACCUAUGAAGAGAACAAAGCUGAGGCAGAAGUCGUAAUACAAACCACAGAAAUCACACCAGUCACGGAGGAACAACCCCAGGAGGAGCACAAGAUAAAGAUCGUCAAGAAAAAGAAGCCCAAGACCGAAAGUUUGGACAACUUUAUCCAAGAACUGAUCGAAGAGGAUAUUCCGAAGCCAAAACUGGAAGAAUUCGAAGUCCGUGUAUCGGAGUCUACGACAUCGGAGGUGAAGAAACCCAAGAAAAUCAAGAAACAACACAAGAAAACCACUCAGGUGGUGGAUGGUGUGCCCACAACAGUCUAUGAGGUUAUCAUCCAAGAGUUUGAGAUCGAUCAUGAAGAUCUCAAACCCGUUGAAGUGGUAGAGGAAAGCGAUCACGAAGAUGUCGAGGAAACUCCCACGGAUCAGCAAGUAAAGGUCGUUGAAGAGAAGCCCAAGUCCAAGCCCAAGAAAUCAGCGAAAAUCAAGGUGCUGGAAGAGGAAAAGCCAGAACCCGUCAUUCAAGACAUCUCUGAAGUGGUGGAAGUCCGUGUCACCGAAGAGGACGGUGUUCCACAAAAGGUUGAAGUGCGAAAGAAGAAGGUUUCACGGAAACAGGGACCCAAAGAACAGAUAUUUGAGAUCACCGAAACCAUAACGAAUGAUGAACCUCUGGCGGAGGUUUCCAUAGUGGAGAUUACAGAGGAGGAACCCAAGGAGGAUGUUCCAGAGAUCACGGAGAAAAAACCCAUCAAGAAACCGAAGAAGCUGAAACCCGAAGAAGUCAAGAAUUAUGUUGUUAAUGUUCUUGAGGAAUUGGUGCAACCCUACAAAUUUGAGGAACCCGUCAUUGAGGAUCUUUCGGAAACAGUGGAGAUCACUAAGGUCACCGAAGAAGAUGGCACCGAAAAGAAGGUGGAAGUGAAGAAAAAGAAGGUCUCCAGGAAACAGGGACCCAAGGAACAGAUCUUCGAGAUCACAGAAACCAAAACGAACGAUGAGCCUCUGGCAGAGGUAACCAUCAUCGAAGUAACCGAGAAAGAAAAGCCCAAGGAAGCUGUUCCCGAGAUCAAAGAAACGAAGCCCAUCAAAAAACCCAAGAAACUGAAGCCCGAAGAGGUCAAAAACUACAUCAUCAAUGUUCUGGAAGAAUACGUCGAGCCCUAUAAGUUUGAGGAACUUCCCGAGGACGUUGAAAAGGUACAACCAGUGAUUGAAGACAUCUCCGAAUCCGUGGAAAUCGUCAAGGUGACCGAAGAGGAUGGCACCGAAAAGAAGGUGGAAACGAAAAAGAAGAAGAUCGUCAGGAAACAGGGACCCAAGGAACAGAUCUUCGAGAUCACCGAAACCAAAACGAAUGAUGAACCUCUGGCGGAGGUGACUAUAGUCGAGAUUAUAGAAGAAGAAAAGCCGGAGGAAGUUGUUCCGGAGAUCAAGGAGAAGAAACCCAUCAAGAAACCCAAGAAACUGAAACCGGAAGAUGUCAAGAAUUAUGUGAUCAAUGUCCUGGAAGAAUUUGUAGAGCCCUACAAGUUUGAAGAGGUGAUACAAGAACAACCCAUUAUUGAAGAACUUCCCGAAACUGUGCAGAUUACACAAGUCACUGAAGAGGAUGGUGUUCCAAAGAAGGUGGAGGUCCGGAAGAAGAAGGUUUCAAGGAAACAGGGACCCAAUGAACAGGUCUUCGAGAUCACCGAAACCAUAACGAAUGAUGAACCUCUGGCUGAAGUUUCCAUUGUGGAGAUUACCGAAGAAGAGACCCCCAAGGAAGAAGUUCCGGAGAUCAAGGAGAAAAAACCCAUCAAGAAGCCGAAGAAACUUAAGCCCGAAGAAGUAAAGGAUUAUGUGAUCAAUGUCCUUGAAGAAUUUGUGGAACCCUACAAAUUUGAGGAACCCGUCAUUGAGGACCUUUCGGAAACAGUGGAGAUCACUAAGGUCACCGAAGAAGAUGGCACCGAAAAGAAGGUGGAAGUGAAGAAAAAGAAGGUCUCCAGGAAACAGGGACCCAAGGAACAGAUCUUCGAGAUCACAGAAACCAAAACGAACGAUGAGCCUCUGGCGGAGGUAACCAUCAUCGAAGUCACCGAGGAAGAAAAGCCCAAGGAAGCUGUUCCCGAGAUCAAAGAAACGAAGCCCAUCAAAAAACCCAAGAAACUGAAGCCCGAAGAGGUCAAAAACUACAUCAUCAAUGUUCUGGAAGAAUACGUCGAGCCCUAUAAGUUUGAGGAAUUCCCCGAGGACGUUGAAAGGGUACAACCAGUCAUUGAAGACAUUUCCGAAUCCGUGGAAGUCGUUAAGGUAACCGAAGAGGAUGGCACCGAAAAGAAGGUGGAAACGAAGAAGAAGAAGAUCGUCAGGAAACAGGGACCCAAGGAACAGAUCUUCGAGAUCACCGAAACCAAAACGAAUGAUGAACCUUUGGCGGAGGUGACUAUAGUCGAGAUUAUAGAAGAAGAAAAGCCGGAGGAAGUUGUUCCCGAGAUCAAGGAGAAGAAACCCAUCAAGAAACCCAAGAAACUGAAACCAGAAGAAGUUCAAAGCUACAUCAUCAACGUCCUGGAAGAAUUUGUUGAACCACAGAGGUUUGAGGAGGAGGAAGUCGAAUCCGAUGUUCCCGAGGAAAUUCCCGAACAAAAACCAAAAACUCCAAAGCCAAAGAAACCUUCAAAGAAACCCGUGGAGCAGCAGACAAUCCGCAUUGAGGAGUUGGCCCCCGAAACCGUCAUCGAGGACAUUGUCAACGAAAAGGGCGAGGAGGUCAAGCAGGUGAAGACCACAAAGAAACUCAAGAAGAAGGAUGGCCCCAAGGAGUACAUCAUUGAGAUCACGGAAACGUACCAGGAGAACAAUCCCGAGGCCAUCAUAGAAUUCACAACGACUGAAGUGCCCUCGGAGGAGGCCGCACCGAAGGACGUCGCGGAGGAGCAACCCCUGAAGAUUGUUCAGAAGAUCAAGAAAAAGAAACCCGUCAAGGACGAUCUGGACAAGUACAUCCAAGAGCUGAUCGAACAGGAGAUCACGAAAACGGAGCUGGAACAGUACGAGCCAACGGAGAUGGAUGACAAGCCCAAGAAGCCCAAGAAGAAGGUCAAGACGCAUCACAAGAAAACUGUGGACGUGGUGGAUGGUUUGCCUGUGACAAUCCAUGAAUUCAAUGUCGAGGAAAUCGAACCAGAAGUGGAGGAACCGGAAGAGUUGGAGAUCUUCCCAGAGGACGUGCAGGAGCUGCCACAGAAGCCAGAGGAUUCUACAAAAUAUUUGGUCAACGUUGCCGAUGAAUUCUUGGAGGCCGUAAAACCCCUGGAAACUCCCGAGGAAAAACCGAUACCGACAAAGAAGGAAAAGCCCCAAAAGAAGAAAAAGGACAAAAAGGAGGAGAUCCCCGCUGUUCCUUUGGAGGAAAUCGAACAAACUGUGGAGGUCGUCGAGCAGCCCGAUGAAGAGGGCACCAUCAAGGAGGUGACCAUCAAAAAGCGAAAGGUUCUGCGCCGCAAGGGUUCCCAGGAGAAGGUCUUUGAGAUCACAGAAACCACCAGCGAGGAUCAGCCCAUUGCGGAGGUGACAGUCACUGAAGUGACCGCCGAUGAGGUGGAAAUCACAGAGGAAGAGCCCAAGCCCGUAAAGAAGAUCCUCAAGAAGCCGAAACAAUUGAAAAAGGAUGAAAUCGAGGAGUAUGUCAUUAACGUUAUUGAGGAAUUCGUGGAACAGGCACCCAUUGAAAUCGUGGAAAGUGAGGCAGAAGAGAUUAUAGAGGAGAAACCCAAGAAAGCUAAGAAAUCUCCCAAGAAAUAUACAGUCACAGAAACAGAAGAAGAGGCGGACUCGAAGGAACCUCAAGUACCAGAGGAGAUAUUUGUGGAAACUAUGGAAAUCCUCAUUGAAAAGCCCGAGGAAACCCCUGCCUACACCAUCGGUGUUACAGAGGAGACUUCCACAGACGAAAAGCCCAAACCAAAGACCAAGAAACCUUCGAAACCCAAGACUCAAAAGCAGCCCUCACAAGAGGAAUCGCCAGAAUAUUUGGUCAAGGCCAUAUCCGAUGAGCAUAUCCCCGAAGAAGUCUUCCCCGAACAUACGACCAUCGUCGUGGAGUCGGAGGAACCUUCGCCCUUGGCGGAACCAUCCUUCCAGAUCCAAGAACUCGAAACGGAGGCCGUGGAGCAGCAGAUCACAGACGACAAGGGAGAAACCACCAAGCAGACGGUCACGAAGCGAAAGAUCAAGAAGCAGGUGGGUCCCAAGGAGGAGAUCAUCGAAAUUGUGGAGACCAUGACGGAGGGGGACACACCCGAGUACGAGGUCAUAGUGCACACCGAAGAGGUGGAGCCUCUGAAGGAGGACAUUCCCCAGGAAGAGGCACCCAAAAAGGUCAGGAAAACAAAGAAGGUCCCCAAGGACGAUCUCCACGAUUAUAUUCAAAAACUCAUCGAGCAGGAUAUACCAAAAACAGAGUUGGAAAAGUACGAAAAGAUCGACUUGGAUGAGCCGGUGAAAAUGAAAAAGAAACCCGCCAAAAAGGUCAAGGUUCAUGAGGAAAAACCCACCGAAAAACCCCAAGAAUCCGAAGAAGAAACCCCCAUACCCGAGGAAGAACAACCAACGGCAGAGGAGGCCAAGGAGGAGCCAAAACUAAAGAUCACUGUGAGAGAAUUUUCGCCGGAAAAGCCCGAAGAAAAGUCCUUUGAAAUCGUAGUGCUCGAGGAAACGGUCGAGAUUCAACAGGUGCCCGACGAAGAGGGUCAAGUCAGGGAAAAGGUCGUCAAAACAAAGAAAAUCAAGCAGAAAAAGGGUCCCCAGGAGGUAGUUCAUGACAUUGUCGAGGUCACGGAUGCAGACACAAAUGAAUCUGAGAUCACAGUCACCACGACAACUCCCUCGGAGGAGACGGUAGAUGUCGAGCCUGUGGUCAAGCAGAAACGUACGAAAAAGAUCAAAAAGGAUGAUGUCGAGGACUUCAUCAAGGCCGUGAUUGAGGAGGAAACUCCGAAGCCCAUCGAACCGGAGGCUGUUGUGGCUGUCGCAGAAGAAACGCCAUCGGAGCCAACGCCAGAAAAGCCCAAAAAGAAGGCCAAGAAGGAGAAGCCGGCUGCUGUUGAAGAGGAAAAACCAGAACCAGAGGAAAUCUCUGUCGUGGAAAGCGUGCCGGAGGAUACUCCUCAGCCAGAAGAGGUCUUUACUGUGGAGGUUUCGAUGCCGAUCGUAGAAGAACCCGAACAUGAGAUCGAUCAAACGGAAGAAACGCCGAAACCUGAAAAGAAAAAGAAACCAAAGGCAAAGGUCAUCAUUUCUGAGGAAGCACCAAAGGAAGAAGAACGCCCGGAGGAGCCUCUGGAAGUGACAGAAAUCGAAUCCGACGUUGAAAAACCUGACGAUAAAAUAUUCAGCAUUUCCGUCAAGGAGGAAACCGCUUCCCAGGACAAACCCCAAAAGAAAAAGCCAUCCAAAAAGCCACAAGAAACCACCGAAGAAACUCCUCUCGAUUCCUAUCAAAUUUCCAUCAAGGAGAGCUCCGCAGAACCCCAGGAAGAAAAGCCCUUCACCAUCGAGGUCAUCGAAAGCGAAACGCAGGUCAAGGAGACCACAGAUGCCGCCGGGGAGACCCACAAGGAGGUCACCACCAAGCGCAAGAUCAAGCGACCCGAUGGCGAGGGUCAAAUCGAGAUCAUAGAAGUCCUGAGGGAUGAUCAGCCGGAAGCGGAAAUCACAAUUGUGGAAUACGAGCCCGAGGCCCCCACCAAAGAGGAUGAGAAACCCAAGGAACCCAAGAAGAAAACAAAGAAAGUCAAGAAGGACGACAUCCACGACUACAUACAAAAGCUCAUCGACAUGGAGACGCCCAAGACGGAGUUGGAGAAGUAUGAGAAAUUCGACUUUGAGCCGACUGUCAGGGACAAGCCCACGGAAAAGCCCAUCGAUGUGGUUGAGGAAGCCCCCGAGGGCAAACCAAAGAAGGACAAGAAACCGAAAGCCAAGCAAACGACGAAGGAAGCCUCGCCUGUGCCCGAAGAACUGGCCCAAGUGAAGAUCCUCGAGGUAGAAGCUCCCGAAGAAGAGCCUCUUCUGCCGGUAAAGAUUGUCGAGGUCCAGCCGGAGGAGGUUCAAAUCCAAGAGAUCGUCACGGAAGAGGGUAAACCCAUUCAGGAAAAGACCACCAAGAGAGUCCUGAAGAAAAAGGGACCCAAGGAGGAUACCACGUUCAAGAUAACCACCAUCGAAAGCGAGGAUAAUGAUUCCGUGAUGGUCAUUGUGGAUGAGGAGCCACAGCCAGAGGCAGUCGUUGUUCCCGUGGAAGAACAGCCCGAAGAAGAGGAACCGAAACCCAAGCCAAAGUCCAAGAAAACCGUCAAGAAGGUCAAGAAGGAGGAGCUAGAUGAUUAUGUUAAGAAGUUGAUAGAAGAGGAGACACCAAAAGAGGUAGAAAAAGAAGAGGCUCUUCCUCUUCCCGAGGAGGAAAAGGUACUUCCCGAGGAAGAGGACUCCCAGCCAGUAGAGGUAGGCCCCGAAUCAACCAAACCCCAGACAAAGAAACCAAAGACCCAGAAGAAACCCAAGACAGAGACAGACGAACCCACUGAGCAGACAUACGUGACGACUGUAGAGAUACCCAAGGACGAUGAGGAAGAGAGCACAACAACAACAACAACAACAAGCACACCGAUACAUGCACAAGAGGACACAGCCACUGCACAAAUUACACCGCAAGAAGAGGCACCCACAGCAACAACAACAACAACAACAACAACAGCACAGAAAACAGUUAAACAUAAACAGAAAACAAAACCAGAAACACACAAAGAAAGCCCUGAAACAGAAACAACAACAAGUGAAGCGACAGAGGUACACAAGGACUAUCAAAUCAGCAUCAUUCACGAGGAGCCCAUCGUCGAGGAGGAGGAACAGCCCGAGAAGAUCCACGAGAUACGAGUCAUCGAUGAGAUCGCAGAGAUCGAGGAAUCGCAGCCCAUCAUCGAGGAGGUGGAGGAAGAGGAGGAGCAGCCCAUAGCCGAGGACCAGCCCGAGGAUGUCAGCAAGCCCAAGGCCAAAAAGAAGAAGAUCAUCAAAAAGAAAACCGAUGAUCACGAUGAGAUCAUCCGCAAGUUACUGGAGCAGGAAAUCGAGAAAACGGAGCUCGAAAAGUACGAAAAGAUCGAUUUCGAUCUGCCCAAGAAACUGAAACCGGAGUUCGCCAAUCUCGAGCCCAUGAAAAUCGAGCGAAAGGAUCAGAAGCCCACCAAAGUGCAGAUUGUGGAGGCGGCAGAGGUCCCGAAACAGGUCAAACUGAAGCCAGGAAAACGCAAGGAGAAACCCACCGAAGAGCAGUCCGUACAGCUGCCCAAAUUCCGGCUCAAGGCCCGCAUGGUCAUGGUCGAGUAUCCUCCGGCUCCAUUGAUACCCAAGCUGACCGAGAUUGGUGCGAUAAAGGACAAUGGAGAGCUUUCGCGCAACAUCGAGGAGGCCGAAGAGGCCCUCAAGUUCAAGAAACCAAAGACCAAGAAGAUCAAAAAGAUCAAGGACGACCUGGAGAAGGUCGAGCUCGAGAAGUACGAGAAGUAUGUCAGCAGCGAGGAGGAGCCCGAGGAGCAGAAGCCCUACCAGAAGCCCGAAAAGACGCCCAAGCCCGAGGAGAAGCAAGAAGAAGUGAAAAUAAAGCUCGGAAAGGGCAAGAAAAAGCCCAAGGAGGAGGAACAGCCAGAGAAUGUCACCCUCAAGAAGAUCCCACAGAAGCCCCAGGAGGUCGAAGAGGAAGUGGAGCUCCAGCGAAAGCCCAAGGAAGUCGUUGUGAUCGAGGAACAGCCCAAGGAGCCCAAGGAAGGACACUUUGUGGUGCCGCCCUUCGAGCCCGUGGACUUUGAGCCUUCGGAGUACGUGCCCGAGGAACUGGAGCCCAUUGAGCAUCCGGAGAAGCCCGAUAAACAGAAGAAGCCCACGAAAACCAAGUACAAGCCCAAGGACAAGUCGAAGCCAGAGCCGGAGACAAUCAUCUCAGAGAUUGUCCCGGGCGUGCCCAAGGAGGAGGAGGAGGUACCCGAACAGCAGGUGAAGUUCCGCAUUCCCGAAAGCGAAGCUCCAGAGGAAACAGACUCUCAAGUCAAACUGAAACCAGUGCCAAAGGUCCGUGAGCCUGAGGCACCCGUGGAGGCAGCCAUCGUCCAGGCAAAGGUCGAGGAACCCAAAGCGGAGGAGAUCCCAGAGACUCCCCAAGAGGAAGCGAGGAAACCAAAGAAACCCAAGGCCAAGAAGAUCCAACCAAAGGAGGAGGAGGUCUCCGAGGAAGUCCCACAGGAGUUUGAGAUCUCUCUGAAGGAGGAAGAGGCACCCGAGGAGGUUCCCAUUGAAGAAGAAAAGCCCAAGGAGGUGAAGGUCAAGCAAAAGAAACCCAAAGAGGCCCCGGUCGCCCAAGUGGAGGUUAAGGAGGAGGCACCGCAGCCCGAAGAAGUCCCCGAGGACAUACCCGUGGAGUACAAGAUCACGACCACAGUCCUGGAGCCCGAAGAGGCCCCCAAGGAGCACAAGGUGCGAGUCAUCGACUUCGAUGAGCGCCACGAGACCACCGAAGAAGUCAUCGAAGAAAAGGUUGUGACGCGCCGCAAGAAGCCAAAGCCACAGCAGCCCGAAGAGUACGAGGUGACGCUCCAAGAGCCCCAGGUCGAGGAACCAGAGGUUGAAGAGGUCACCGCAGAGGUCACAAUUCCCGUGGAGAAACCCGUCGAGGAAGCAGAGCAGUUUGAGGUUGAACUGAAGCUUACGGAGCCCACACCCGAGGAACCUCUGCCCCAGGAGGUCACCGUCAAGGAAAAGUCCAAGAAGAAACCCAAGAAAGAGGUGAAGGAGGAAGAGAUUGUGGUCGUAGAAGAAGAAAAGAUACAACCAGUCGAAGAGGAGGAAGUCGUGGUGGAGGAGAAGCCCCAAGAAAAGAAAAAGACCAAGAAACCCAAGGAAUACGAAUUCAGUGUCACAGAAACGGAGGCACCCGUCGAGGAAAAGCCCGUGGAAGUGAUCGAAGAAGCUCCCAAGGUAGAGGAGGAGAAGCCCGAGGAACAGGUUAUCGAGUCCUUCGAUUCAUAUGAAAUCAGCGUCAAGGAAACGGAGGCUGAAAAGGUCACUGCCAUCGAAGAACAGCCCGAGGAGGAAGCUCCAGCCGAGGCCGUCUUCAAGCGGAAGCCCAAACCAAAGCCCGAGGCAGUGGAGGCCGAAUUUGUGCUGACAGAACCCAAGAAAACGGAGGAAAUCCAUGUGGAAACCGAAAUCAAACAGAAGAAAACCAAAAAGCCAAAGAAACCCGAGGAGGCAGCCGCUGAAUUGGAGAUCAAGGUUGUGGAAACGGAGGCAGCCCCCGAGGUUCCCGAAGAAGUGCCCGAGGAAAUCAAACCGGAAAUUGUGGAAAAGCAGGAAAUAAUCGUGGAGGAAAAACCACAAGAGUUCACUGUACGCAUUUCCGAAACGGAACCCGCAGAAAAGCCCGUGGAGGAGCCUCAAGGCGAGGCACAGUUCACGGUCAAGAAACGCAAGCAAUCGGUGACCUUCGCCGAUGAGCCGGCCACAGAGAUAAUCCUCAAGGAGCCCAAGCCCAUCGAAGAGGUCACCGAGGAGGCCCAAAUCAAGACCAAGAAGCCCAAGAAGAAGGUCAAGGAAGUGGCGGCGGAGGAGCUAAAGAUUCAAAUCACAGAGGAAAUCCCCGAGGAGGCGCCCAUCAUCGAAGAAGUCGAGGAAGUGGUCACAGAAAUCAAGGAAGUCGUGGCUCCAAAGGUGGAGGACAAGACCUACAGGAUCGGCGUCACGGAAACGGAAGCUCCCGAGAAGCCUGUGGAAGAGAUUCCCCAGGAGGAGGAGGUCGUACCCGAACCAAUUGUGGAAGAACCCGAGCCCCAAGUCUACGAAGAGCACAAGGUAAAGGUCAUUGAAGAGACCCCACGGGAAAUAGUGGAGGAGUCCAUCGAGGAAGAGGUCAAGGUGAUUCGCAAGAAGAAGCCCAAGCCAGAGGUCAAGGAGGAGCCCGAAGCGGCCGUCUCGAUCCCGGCGCCAAAGCCCGUCGAAGAGGUCGAGGCUGUUUCCAGCAUCACCAUCGUCCCCGAACAACCCACCGAAGAGGAGGCCGCCGAACUCAAGAUCACCAUCAUCGAAGAGCAGGCCCCCGAAGUGGAGCUCGUCCAAGAGAUUGAGGAAAUCGAGGAGACGCCCGUCCCCACCGUGGAGGAGCUGCCCGAGGAGCAGGUCACGCUGCAGAAGAAGAAAAAGAAGACCCCCGUAGCUGUCCCCGAAGUGGUGGAAGAGCCCGAGGCAGAGUUUGUGCUGAAGCCCAAGAAGCCCGUGGAAGAGGUCUCCGAGGAGGCCAAGAUCAAAAAGAAGCCCAAGAAGGCGGCUCCAGUCGAAGAGGCUGCCGCCGAGCUCAAGGUAACCAUCACAGAGGAGGUGCCCGCAGAGCCAGAGCUGGUCCAGGAAAUCGUUGAGGAGAUCGAGGAGGUCCCAGAAGAAAAGCCUCAAGAGGUACCCGAAGAAAAACCCAAGGAGUACACCAUUGGCAUCACGGAGACCCAGCCAGAGAUCGAAGAGGUACAACCAGAGGCGCCCAAGGAGGAAGAGGUGCGUCUGCCCAAGAAAAAACCCAAGGCACCCGAAGUCGUGGAGGAACCCGAGGCUGAGGUCACCCUAAAACCCAAGCCAAAGGUCGAGGAGGUCCAGGAAGAGGCAAAGAUUGUCAAGAAAAAGCCCAAGAAGCCCGUCGAAGAGGUCGCCGCCGAAGAACUCACCGUCAAGAUCGAAGAGGAGGUCAUCCCCGAACCGAUUGUCGAAGAAGAAAUCGUCGAGGAGGUGCAAGUGAAGAAAAAGAAGGCUCCCAAGGCGGAACCCGUCCCCGAGGACAUUGUGGAUGCUGCCGUGAUCAAACUGAAGAAACCCGAACCUGUCGAACCGGAAGAAGUGGUUGCUGAAGUCACACUGAAGCCCAAGGCCCCCGAGGAGAUCCAGGAAGAGGAAUUCUCUGUGGAUGUCAAGCUGCCAAAGGAGAAGAUCGUCACCGAAGAGACCUCCGAUCAAACGGUGCAACUCAAGAAGAAGAAGAAGCCACAGAAACCCGUGGAGGAGGCCGCCGAUGAGUUGCAGCUGCAACAGACCGUCGUCGAGGAGAGGCCCGUGGAAAUCGAAGAGGAGGAAAUCGUCGAAGAGGCCGUCAUUGUGCGCCGCAAGCCCAAGAAACCCUUCGAACCCUCUGUGGAGGAGCACGAGGAAACCGAGUUCAGUCUCUCGUUCAAGAAGCCCCACACGAUCAACGAGGGCGUCGAAGAGACCGGCACUGUCCUGAAGAAACGCCCCGCGAAGCCGCAAACCCUGGACGAGGCUGCCGCCGAGCUGUCCAUCCAACGCCAGGAAGAGGAGUACGAGGAGGGCGAAGACAUCGAAGAGUUUGUCGUCAGCGCCAGGGCCAAGAAGAAGCCACUGCAAAUCACCGAAGAGGACGAGGAGGCCUACACCGUGAAGAAGCAGCUGCGCCGGAAGAAGGUGGACAUUCCAGAGUACGGGGAAACGGAGAACGUGACCUUCCGUGCGAGAAGCACAAAGACCAAGGAGGAUGUCGACCAGGAGUUCAACAUUGCCCUCGACUCCUACGCGGAGGAGGAGGUCUCCAUGUCUGGCAAGAUCAAGAUCAAGAAACCCAUCAAGAAGACCUACAACGAGGCCGCCGACGAGGCAAAGAUCAAGAUCAUGCAGGACUACGACGAUGGCCAGGAGCAAGUCAUCGAAGAAAUACGCGACGACGAGGACACCAUCGAUGAGGUCGAGGAGCCCGAAGAGUACAUGGUGGAGGAGCUGCCGCCGGAUGAGGUCGACUUCAAGCUGAAGCCCAAGAAGCAGCCAAAGCCCAGCUACUCCGUUCAGGACGAGGAGGAGGAACAGUUCCUGAUUGGCAUCCGGCAGCCCAAGCGGGACUCCAUCACCUACGAUGAGGAUUCGCUGACGUUCAAAAAGAAGCGAAAGGUUAUCCAACAACUCUACAAUGAAGAUGGAGCCUCGCUGAAUAUCACCAGGGAAAUGAAUGUCGAAGAAUCGGAAAAUCCCAAUAUCAUGUAUUCGAUAUGCAACUACAUUGCCGACAACGAUGAGGCCAUCAAUCUGGUGGAAGGUGAAAAGGUCACCGUGGUGGGACGCCACAGCUCCGAGUGGUGGUACGUGAAGAAGAGCAUCACCGAGGAGGAGGGCUGGGUGCCAGCCCAGUACCUGAUGGAGCCCGAGGAGUAUGCACAGUAUGUGCAGAACAAGCUCCACGAGAAGAUCGACAAGCUGCCGGUCUUUGAACGCCCGGGACCCGAAGACAAGCCCGUUGCCCCGCGUUUCAUUGAGAAACUGCAGCCCAUCCACACGCCCGACGGCUACACGGUGCAGUUCGAGUGCAAGGUCGAGGGCAGCCCUCGGCCGCAGAUCGCCUGGUUCCGCGAGACGGCCAUCAUCAAGCCCUCGCAGGAUUUCCAGAUCUUCUACGAUGACGAUAACGUCGCCACUCUGAUCAUUCGCGAGGUGUUCCCCGAGGACGCUGGCAAAUUCACGUGCGUGGCCAAGAAUGCCGCCGGUUUCACGUCCAGCACCACGGAAUUGAUUGUCGAGAGUCCCCUGUCGGACCACGGCUCAGACGCCACUGCCCUGUCGCGCCGCAGCAUGUCCCGUGAGUCCUCACUGGCCGACAUUCUGGAGGGCAUACCGCCCACCUUCUCGAAGAAGCCGAAGGCGCAGUAUGUCGACGAGAGCACGAACGUGAUUCUCGAGUGCCGUUUGGUGGCUGUGCCAGAGCCCGACAUUGUCUGGACCUUCAACGGGGAGGACAUCGACGAGGAGGAGAUCAAGAACAUUCGAGUCGUCACCGAAUCGGACAUGCACAUGUACUGCAGCGUGGUGCACAUCACCAAGGUGAAGAAGUCGCAGGAGGGCGUCUACGAGGUGAUUGCCACCAAUCGCGAGGGCGAGGCACGUCUGCCCAUCACCCUCAAGGUGCGCACCAGCCAGAAGGAGGCGCCCCAGAUCCUCGAGCCACUGCGCAACAUGGUCAUACGCGAGGGCGAGAGCGUUGUCCUGUCCACCCACAUCGUGGGCAAUCCCCCGCCGAAGGUCACGUGGUACAAGGACGGUAAGCCCGUUAAGAACGCCAAGUCCGACAAGGAUGUGCACACCCUGACGCUGAUCACCCCCAAGAAGUCCGAAAAGGGCGAGUACACGGUAAAGGCGGUCAAUCCCUUGGGCAGUGUGGAAACCACUGCCAAUCUGACGAUCGAAGAACCCACCAGUGGAAAUGCAGAGCCGCCGCUGUUUGUGGAGCGUUUCGAGGAGCAAAAUGUCCCGCAAAAGGGGGAGAUACGUCUGCCCGCCAAGGUCUCGGGCAAUCCCGUGCCCGAGGUCCAGUGGCUGUUCAACAACGCCCCCCUGUUCCCCAGCGAACGCAUCCAGCAGAUCUACGAUGGCGAAACGAUCGAACUGAUCAUCAAGGAUGCCAAUCCGGAGACCGAUUCCGGGGACUACAAGUGCAUUGCCAGCAAUCCCAUUGGCAAGACAUCGCAUGGCGCCCGCGUGAUCGUGGAGGUCGACGAGGUCACGUUCACGAAGAAAUUAAAGAAAACCAUCACCAUCGAGGAGGUGCAAUCGUUGACGCUCGAGUGCGAGACCUCCCACGUCGUCACCACCAAGUGGUUCUUCAACGGCAAAGAGCUCUCCGGCAUGGACCACCGAGUGGUCGUCGAGGACGGCAAAACGCACAAGCUGGUCAUCCGGAACACCAAUCUGCGGGACUCCGGCACGUACGUGUGCAAGGUGAAGAAGCAGGAGACCACCUCCACCGUGGAGGUCCUUCAGCGCAAGCCCGACUUCAUCAAGGUCCUCGAGGACUACGAGGUGACCGAAAAGGACACGGCCAUUCUGGACGUCGAACUGACCACGGAGGCCACCGAGGUCACCUGGUUCAAGGACGGCGAGAAGAUCACGAUCGAAAACAAGAAUGUGGAAUUCAUCAAGGACGGCAAGUCGCGUCGUCUGGUCAUCCGCGACACGACCAUCCACGACGAGGGUGAGUACACCUGCAAAAUCGAGGGCCACGAGUGCUCCUGUGAGCUCACGGUCAUCGAGCUGCCGCCCGAGAUCAUCCAUCCCCUGGAGGAUGUCUCCGUCACGAAGGGAGAGAACGCCAUCUUCGAGCUGGAGCUCAGCAAGGGCGACGCCCUGGUCAAGUGGUUCAAAAACGGCAAGGAGCUGGUGUUCAACGACCGCGUUCAACUGGCCAUCGACGGCAAGAAGCAGGCCCUGCGCAUAGUCAAGGCCAGGCCAGAGGAUGCCGGCGAGUAUUCCAUCCAAGUGGGCGAGCAAACCUCCAAGGCCACUCUGACAGUGGAGGAGCCACUGGUGGACUUUGUCGUCCGCCUGCCAGACGUCACCUUGGCCACGAAGACCACCGAUGCCGAGUUCACGGUGGAGCUGUCGCAGCCCGAUGUGGAGGUCACUUGGUUCAAGAAGGGUAAGCCCAUCAAACCCAAUCCCAAGCAUGAGGUAUUCGUCGAGGGCACUGUCCGGCGCCUGGUCAUCCACGAGGCCGACGACGAGGAUGCCGGCGAGAUCAGCUGUGUGGCCGAGAACGUCACCAGCAGCACAAAGCUGUGCGUUGAGGAGCUCAAGCUGCCGCCCGUCAUUACCUCUGACAAGGAGCAGACCCUCAAGGUGAAGGAGAACGAGGAUGCCACCUUCACUGUCAAGUACACGGGCGGUGCCCCCCAGCCGGAGGCCGUUUGGACCACCCGGAAUGUUGUCAUACCCAAGUCAAAGCGCGUUACUCCAUCGAUUGAUGAACAGUGUGCCACCCUGACCCUGCGAAAGGUUGUCGACGAUGACGAGGGCGAGUACACGGUGAAGCUGGUGAAUCCCGUGGGCGAGGCAGAGGCCAGCCUACAUUUGGUUAUAAUGCGCAAACCCACGGCACCUGGCACUCCGCAGCCACUGGAGGUGAUGCAUGACUCCAUUACGCUGUACUGGAAGGCACCCGAGGAUGAUGGAAAGUCCGAAAUAAUUGAAUACAUUCUCGAAUACCAUGAUGUUAAGGAAGAAAAAUGGACUGAAAUACGUAAAAUCAAGGAUACCACGUACACCAUCUCGAAGCUGAAGAUCGACACCGAAUACGUGUUCCGUUCGAUAGCCGUGAACGAGGUGGGACCCUCCCCGCCAUCGCCGCUGUCGCCGCCCAUUCGCCUGGUGCCGAAGGUCGAAACCGAGGCGCCCAGUGUGCGCGAACCCCUGCAGGACCUGUGCUCGGAGCUCGACAAGGAGGUCACGCUGUCCUGCGUGUUUGGCGGCAUUCCAGAGCCAAGGGUCGUGUGGAAGAGGAACGGACAGGUGUUCGAGUCGUCGAGCAGCCUGCGCUACGAGAACCGUGUGGCCAAAUAUACUAUCGAAAAGACAACAAUUGAGACUGAAGCCACGUACACGUGUGUGGCUAGCAACGAGAGGGGCUCCGUGGAGACCUCCUGUAGACUGAAGCUGCAGCAGAGGCCCGUCGUCGAGGUGGAGGACAAGUAUCUGCAGCAGAAGCUCCGCACAGGCAGCACUCUCACCAUUCCAGCAACGGUGCGCGGCUAUCCCCGGCCCACGGUCGCCUGGCACAAGGACUCCGUCGAGCAGACAGAACAGACGUCCAUUGAGACCACGGAGACCACGUCCACGUAUUCCGUGAAGAAACUGAGCCGCGAACACUCUGGCAAGUACAAGGUGACGGCCACGAACGAGUCGGGCUCCUCGUAUGUCGAGUGCACGGUCCAGGUGAUCGACAAGCCCAGCCGGCCGCAGUCCCUGGAGAUCAAGGACGUGAAGAAGGACUCGAUCAUCCUGGAGUGGACACCGCCGGUGGACGAUGGCGGUCUGGACAUCCAGAAGUACACGCUCGAGAAGUGCGACGUCCAGAACAACGUCUGGAUGAAGGUGUCCGACUUUGACAAGGACAUUCACUCGUAUGCCAUCCAAAAGCUGUCCAUGAACUCGCAAUACAUGUUCCGUGUGGUGGCCGCCAAUCCCAUCGGAGAGUCGGAGCCCACGGAAUCGGAGACCGUGACGAUAACCAAGAAGUUUGAAAAACCCUCGCCCCCGCGCGGCCCCACCAAUGUCUCGGGCAUGAACGACACCUCCUUUACCCUGGCCUGGGAGCCAUCCGAGAGCGAUGGUGGCUCCAAGAUCCUCGAGUACAUUGUGGAGAUCAGGGAAGAGACUGAAACCGUCUACCGUUCGGUGGGCGUUACCCUGGGCACUGUCACCAACAUCCAUGUGGAGCAGGUGCUGCGCACGAAGGGCUACUUCUUCAGGAUCUACGCCCGCAACGAGGCGGGCACCAGCGAGGCCUACGAGACCACAGAAAAGAUCCUCGUGGGUCGUAAAAUAACUAAUGAAAACGAUCCUGGUACGAUGGCCCCGCCAUCGCCUCCACAGAAUCUGCGAGCCCCAGACGUGACGAGCCGCAGCGUGACCCUCGAUUGGGAGAUUCCAGCGCGCAACGGUGGUUCCGAAAUCACAGGUUACUGCGUGGAGAAACGCUCCUCGACGUCGACGACCUGGACGAAGGUCAUAACCCUAGAUGCACAUCAGCUGCACUACACGAUCGACAAUCUGAAGGAGAAAUGCGAAUACUGGUUCCGUGUCUCGGCUGAGAACGAGAUGGGCCUGGGUGCCCCGGCCGUCACCGAGAGCAUAUCCCUCAAGACACAUGCCACCGUUCCGUCGCCGCCGACUGCCCCCCUGGAGGCGCGUGUCCUAGCCGCCAACGCUCACAUAUUCGAAUGGGGUAUACCCGAGUCAGAUGGUGGUGCGCCACUGCUCGGCUACCACAUUGCCAUACGCGACAUGAAGAAGACCAUGUGGAUAGAGGUGGGUCGUGUGCCGGCCGGUGUGCAGCGGUUCCAGAUCCGGGACCUGCAGGAGAACCACGAGUACAUGAUACGGAUAUUCGCCAAGAACGAGAUCGGUCUGAGCGAACCUCUCGAAUCGGAGGAGCCCUACAAGGUCAUGACAGCAGGCCAUGAAAGCCUGCCCGACGAGCCACGCACUGAGAUGAGCACUUGCAACACCUCGUCGUGGCUGAGGGACCACAACAUGGACGCCGAUAUCCAUUCGUAUGCCCGCGGCAGGCUCCUGCAACGCGACGAGUACUUCUUCAGGCUGUGGGCGCAGAUCCCCAGCAGCAGCAAAAAGAAGAAGAGCCUCAAAUAAGUCAAUCAUCAAGAGAGAAAAACAACAACAAAAACAAAAAAACGACAAACGAAUGAAAAACUUUAGUCAUAGUUUAAGCAUAUUUUCCCCCUACCCCCCACGCCCCUUUCCUUUGAUUUUUCUAGCUUUUUGUACUUUUGAAUGAAUGAUGUACAGAUUGGUGUAAUGAUUGAUUGAUUGAUUGAUCGAUAGAUCCCAUUGUGCCAGCGAUGCCCACACAGAUGGGGAGGGGGGGAGUGCGGGCUCCACUCGAACGGAAAGUGCGAGCGAAGAAAUGUAUCUGGAUGAACGAGUGGGCGUCCCCUCCCCGCCCCGCGUGUGGGCGUGGCUCCGAUGGGAUGCCAUUGCACGAUCUACAUAUAUGAAGAGUUCUAAUCCUUAGAGUUUUUGAUUUUAUGAUUUUAUUUUUGUAAGCUGUGAUAAAUCGUAUCCAAAAAAAAGAAAAACAAAAUCGAAAGAGUCAAACGAAAAACAGAAAAAAAUACAUAAAUGCCUGCCACACACACACACACACACACACACAAAAGAUACGAGACUCCAUUUUUGUGGGUGGCAUCGGGCCGCAGAGGCCAGAGAGUGUGGCACCGAAAUGUUUAAUCCCCAAAACACCAUCCAACGACGAAUCCCUCCCCCCCCCCCCUCCCCCACCCGGAAAAUAAUUCAAAAUAUCCCAGAACAAAUGGUGCAACAUUCGAGGGAUAUGUUGAAUCAUCUUCUGGGGGGGGCGGGGCGGCUGCGAGUAUUCGGUUCUGUGCCACCUCGCUGACGCCUGUUGCCCUUGCCCCCGUGGAUACCCUCGGAUACUAGUGGCAAAAUGGAUAUUUAUGGCACACACACACACACACACACACACACACAGACAAACUCGUAUGUCCUUAAAGUUAU